GGACAUUAUCCUCGUGCUGUAAUGGUCUCCAGCCAGCAUUUGCUAGGCGACACACUGUUGUUAACAAAGAAGGGGGAUGGGAUUAUAGGAGACGCUUCAACUUGUCAAACCAGAGUAUUGAAACUCCCUUUGUUUCCCGGCAACCAAAGGCAGCUUCUGUGAGUAAAAAAAAAAAAAUUUUUUUUUUUUUUUUUAAAUGACUUCCUGAAUUAACUGGAUUUCACACAAACAAGUAAUGGCAGUUUAAUGUGUGAAUGAUACAGAGAGGCUAAAAAGGGGUAGUUGGAAAGGAGCAAGAUUCCAAAUCCCCACAUGUGAGACCGACUGCUGCUAUUGCAGAUGGAAAAGGAUGUGGAUAAAAGGGGCAGCAAUCACAUCCCAUCAUCCACAGUUACACAUUCAUGUUAAAAAUAGACAAAACCUAUAUGAGGAAGCAUGGAGAACUCGGAAAAUGGAGGGAUGUACAGAUAUUAAGCACCUCUAAGAUGGAAGAAUCAAGGCUUAAGGUGAGACAGGUGCAGAGAAAAAAAAGAGUGCAAGCCUUUAGGGCAAGUGGUAAUACUAAUGUCGCUACUAAUGCAUUUGCCUUUUUUUUUUCUAAGGAUGACAAAUAUACAACUGCAUUCUGGUUGUACAUGCCACAAAUCCAACAUCAAUGGAAGCAUUAAAGCAUUUUGAUUAAGAAAUCAGAUUAAAUUUCUAUUCUCACAAUAAAUAUAUGCUGGUGUUAAUUACAUAUAUCAUUUUUUUUCCAAGACAUUUUCAGUUAAAAUUAGUUACAAAUAGUAAAUAGAAAAUAUCAGCAUAAACAAUAUAUAUUUUAUUGUGCUACCUAUGUUACCUUUUAAGAAAAAAUAUAUUUUUUUUCUCACUUGUUUAUAUUUUUGAAAACAUUUUUUUUUUUUUUUUAGAUAUCUUAUCAAAUUAAACAAAAUCUGCUAUUUCUAUUGUACAGAGAUUCUUUACCAUUGUUUUUCUUUUUUUUUCCUUCUUAAGUUAAAGGAUCUUUUUUUUUAACCCCGGGCAUAUUUUUUUUUAAUACAGUUUCUAUUAAUGGAAUGUGAAAGAACAGAUAUCUGAUUAGUGUGGGAAAAAAACGUUUUGUGUCUUAUACUAAGCAACCGAAGCCUUGGGCGAAUAUUUCGUUUUAGAAGUCAUUCUAUUGAAAGAUCCAUCACUUACAUCCUCUGAUCAUAUAACUUCUUUGUUACAUUAUGUCUCUUUUGGCUUAUUAGAGUAACAUCCUUGUGAUUAUAUAUCAGUGUUCUUCUUAAAUAUUCACUAAACGCAGGGUUUUAGGUACUGAGUAAUAGUAAGACUGCGUAUCUUUAGUGUGACAAUUGAGCAGUUCAUAGGACUUUAGUACAUAAACACAAAUGACUUAAAAUUAAACUUAUCGUUUUAAGUAAGUUGGAGUUUUUGAUCUUAGACUAUGAUAAAUCAUAUUUUCGCAACAAUAUGUGUGCUUUACACGUUAACAAUAAAAAGGUCAAGUGGAGGCCCUUCCUCUCCCAAAACACAACAGGUGAUGCUAGUUUGUCACCUGCUCUUUCUACUUUCUAAAAUAAAUGUUCCCAAUUUUCCUCAUUGAUAGGUGGAUAUAGAAUCUGGCAGGAAAGAAUAUGAAUUUGUUAAACAUAGAUAAUAGCAUAGUUUGUUUAUUAAAUUGUGCUAUUUAAUUUGUGAAACAUUUUGCAAAUUAGACAUUUACAAAUGUCAAGAGUUAUAGUCUCAUACAGGUGAUAAUGAUCUGAAUCAGUGGAGUCCAAAAGGUAAUCUCACACUAUUAGAGGGAACCCAUGACAAAUGACAAUCAUUAUUCCAGGAGUACGGAUAUUUUCUUUCUAUCCGCCUUUGACAUUAAAAAUGAACUAAAUAUUAUUAUUCACCUCAUUUCCAGUGCCAUGACUACUCCAAUCCAUUGCUUGUCAUUGAGAAGCAAUAGAUUGCUACAAGGCAUGCGCGGUCAAAUGUCGAGCCCUCCAUUUACAUGCUGUUAUCCGCAGCAUUUGAUUUCCAGAGUGAGUCUUAAAUAGUCUGGAGGAACAAGUGCCUCUAGCAGCUGUCAGGAAGACAAACACCAGUAGUGGAUUUACUAAUGUAAGUAAUGUACUAAGACAGCCUCUGGUGCCUUUCUACCAGAUUUUACUGGACUCUAGGUCACCUAAACGAGACUGGAUGUCAUCACGCUCUUCAUGAAGACAUACAGCAUCAGUGAGAUUCCCAUAGGAAAGCAUUGAUUCAAUGGGGAGGGUCUAAUGCGCUUGAGGCACAUGCCGCACAUGAGCAUUAGGUCCCCCCAUUGGAUGAUGUCGGAUGAGUUGGAGCGCUGGUCCAGAGCCAAAGAACAUCGGUGCUGGUAGCGGGUGAGUAACUAAAUGUUUUUUUAACACUUUAUUGGUCCUGUGGGAGGCAAGAGAGCGGGGGACCAGAGGGCUCUAUAUUAUACACAGCUUUGUCUUCUGAACCCUAUAAAUUCCCUCUACCUAAUGUAAACAUUGCAAUUCCUAAAGCACUGCAUUGCUUCCAAUUGAAUGGUUAAAAUGACAGGACCACUGCACACAGAGUACUUCAUUGACAUGUGGAGUGACUACAUUGUUUCUUUAAGGCUGACAUCAUUAGGUUUAUAAUUUUACAGCUUGAGAUCUACUUUUUGGACACCCCGAUUUGAAGCAUUUCUUUUCCACUUUCAGAUAACUAAUGAUCUGCAUGGCAUGCAUGUUUUUUUUUUUUUUUUAGAAUACCUAUAAAAUUUAUAGCUGUCCUAAUCAUUUGCAUUGAAGAACAUGUCUUGUCUUAAAUAACUUCUUGAGUUACCACACUCUGCUGUGUUACAUCAACGUAAGGAUUUCUUUAACAGGUAACCUGGCAUUACAAGGCUCUUGUUUGUAGAAUAAGAGAACUGGCACUCAUCCAGUCCAUUGUAUUAUCUGCUCAAUUCACACGUUGUCCUUUUCUGGGUUUAUAAUGACCUGAAAGAAGUGUAACAAGAACCUCCAAUGAAAAAAAAGACAGAUCGUUCAAUUACCCUUUAUGGGAACUCGCCCUGUUAAGUUGAAUUGUUUAUGUUGAAAAGUAGUGUAUUUUUUUUUCUCCAAUACUUUUUAAAUAAACUUGUCAGAAGUGAUACAGCCCCAAAUCACCCUAACAAUACCUCGUCCCCACUUUACCCUUUAAUGAUAUCCCAACCUGUCGUUUAAACCCAACACUGUUUCAAGGAGUACCCGAGAGUGUACUCUUUCUUUCAUCUUAUCCUUUAAUCCCUGCAUUGCCCUAAUUUUAACCAUUAACUUCUACAUUACCUUUACACUAACCAUUAACCCAACCCUACAUUAUGAAAAAAAGGGAAGUGGGGGGUAGGAGUGGGGCGGGGGAUUGGGAGCACAUCCAGAACGUGCACUUCUCAGUAUUGGUACUGUCAUAGAGACCAAAAUAUAUACAAAAUACAGGUUAAGGAACAGCGGACACAAAGUACAGUUUUACAUUUUACACGGCUACUUAAAAUCACCAAUCUCCGCAAACAAAUAUGGGGAUUCGUUUACUCCGCAUGGCCAUGUUGUGUUAAGCCUACCAUUACGUCACAGUACCCAAAUAUCGGUGGGUCCUACACUAAUUUUAACAUGGGAAAUUAACAUGAAUCUGGUCUGGAUUCUAAAUAUACAAAAAAAAAAGGGGAAUUGUGGGAAGGGGCAUUUUUCAGUAGUGGUUCUAUAAUUAUAUUUGCAUAUUUGGUAUCCAGAGUAGAAUCCUUUUGAGUGCGCUGUUCCUUAAUCUGUAUUUUAUACCGACCCAACAAAACCUCAACAUAAGCCUAACCUAAAGUUAGUCUCUUUGGGUUUUGCAUAUACCUCACUUGAAAAAAUUAUUUUCUUUCAAAACCUGUGAAAGCGUUAUGCUAUUAAAAUAGUCUUGACGUGACAAUUGUGUUUUAAUUUUUUGGCUUUCCCCUCAAUCAGAGUCAGAUAUAAAAGAAGCAUUGUAUAUAUGAAGUAUUGAAUGUAUUGCUCCAAAAUAUUAUCUAAUCAUUAACGUCUAGCAGUAAAAAAAUACAUCAAUCUACAACUGGUGGUUAAUACAUAUCUUUUACCUUUACAGUCAAUUUGAAAUUAUAGCUUCAUCCUGUUAUCACAGUAAAAAACCGACAGAUCCCACCUUUAUGCUUUAAUCAGUACCCUAAUGAAAUGCAGUUAAAAACCAGCUCAGUCGAGCAUGACCAAGAAGAGUUACAGCAGGGAUUGCGUGACACUUUAAAAAAUGUCCGAGGGCAGAUGGAAAGAGAAGAGGAUGGGAGAGAAAAAAAGACAAUGGACAAGGUCAGCGGUACAAUGGACAAUGUUAGUAAAGAGAAAAAUUAUCCCGAUGAAUCCAAAAGCCAAGAGAUAUGUUUAAAGACUACCCCAAAGCCAAGAAAAUCUCAGGAAACUACCAAAUCCUCCAGUGACUUCCGCAGUAAGACACCAUCAGUAGCAAACAAGAACAAAAAGAAUAAAACCAGAACAAAAGGACUAGAUGCACAAGUACCGAGGAUGUCUAAAGGUAGUAAUAAUAAAGAGAAUUAAAAAAUAUUUAUAAUAUUUAUCAAUAAACACCAAAGGCUUACAUCCAGUUUUAAAAUAUAUACAUUUUCUAUGUUGAAAUAUUACCCAAUACCUAUUAAGGUAUAUAUUAGACAGCAUUUUUUUCGUUGUUGUUGUUGUUUUUUUUUAUAUGUUAUUGCUAGAAUAUCUGAUUAAUAGUUUUUUUGUAUAGUUAGUAAAUUGCAAUUACAUUCCAAACAUUGGGAUAUUUCGAUAUUUUGCAAAAUUUGGGUGAAGUCUACCAGAAUUGCAUAAAAAGUGAAUUAUAAAGACAGAGAUUUGUGAGACCCAUUAGAAGGACACAAAAAGACAGAACAAUGGUCAGCAGAACAAAGUAUGCAAGGAUGUCAAAUAAAGAUGACUUUGUAUGACUGUCUCUAUCUAUCUAUCUAUCUAUCUAUCAAUAUGUCUGUCUGACUGUCCGUAUCUAUCUAUCUAUCUAUCUAUCUAUCUAUCUAUCAAUAUGUCUGUCUGACUGUCCGUAUCUAUCUAUCUAUCUAUCUAUCUAUCUAUCUAUCUAUCUAUCUAUCUAUCACUAUGUCUGUCUGUCUGGUAUCUGCCUAUCUAUCUGUGAUCUGUCUGUUUACAGAAUAUUAUAUAACAUGGAUUAUGUGUACGUGACUUUGAUGAAUUGAAAAAGAGUCAACUUUCUUUGCUAUUGGUGGUAAACCUAGGUUUCCACAUAGUUUUGUGUGGAAUUAUUUUACCAUUGGUUUAUCUCACAGCUUGCUCCACGUCGGCCACAUCUAAAGGCUGCUAUUUCCACUGGUCCACAUGUGAAUCUGGUGAGGACACACAGUCAAAAAGUUUCCCUCAAUAAAAACUCUUAGAAAAAACGAUAAGACUAGAUGUGAAGUAAUGCCGACAAGGUGCAACUAUAGGAACAUGCCCAAAUAUUUCUCAUAUUAGUUGCUUUAUGGGUGCUCCACCACUAGCCAGGUAGAAUACAAAUGGAGAGGUCUUCUACUAGUUAAAAUUAUGAAACAUAUUCAACCAACAAGUAAAGAGGUUCUCAAACCAUGCCAGUGAUCCCUUAAAUUUCAUUAGAUUUAAUAAUUUUGCCAAUGGUAAUAUGUUCUAUAGUUUGUUAUGUUAGGAAAUAAUUAACUAAACUAUAGUACUAACUUUAAAUUCGUUUUUAGUAUCACUGGUCAAAUUCCUUCAACUUAAAUUUUCAGUGUUGAUGUCACUGUGGUCUUAGUGACCAGUAAUCAGUAGGUUAUUUGGUAAUUAGUAAGAUCAUUAUCAUAAUGGUUCCUUUGUUCCUAUCAUCUUCAUAGGGCCAAAGGUGUAUUGAAUCAUGUAUAAACCUUGGAGUUGACAGGUACAGUGCUAGUGCAAGGCUUCUCUUAGCAACACUGAGAAUGAGUGUAUUAUUAUAUACAAGAUUAUCCCAGGGACAAUAUGUGGUUCAACAAGGAAAAAAACACCCAGGACAAAAUUCUUUAAAUUAGGUCAACCCAUAAGAUAUUUGUCCUCAUAACCCCUUUGCCAGUCUACACCUGGAGGUAUGUUAGAUAUUAACUGUAGAGUAAUUGGAGUUAUUGUUUGUGCUAUUCCCACAUUCAAGGUGAUGUGCUAUUCUUAAUCAUCUCAACAUCAUUAAACCGGUUGAUAAAAAAAUUGAAGAGAUAUGUUUCUGGUCAAUCUGUGAGUGGAAGGGUUACGAAUUGGAACUCUUCGUGCUCUGGGAUCUAUUAGCAGAGAGGGAUUAUGUUCAGGCACUUGCUCUAUAGUGAAGUGUUAAAGUAGAAAUGCAGGAAAAGAAACCAGCUAAUCAGCUUUACAGCAGCUAAAGCUCAUUAUUUCUAAGUCCGAUGAUUAGAAUAAAAGAAAAAAAAUGUAGAGCCUUUCCUCAUUAAGAUAUAAGGUGAGUCAUCAGACCUCUGCUGUUUACAUGCAUAAUGUUCUAGAGAGAUAUACUAUCUUCAGACACUUUUCACAAGUCUUCAUAGGUUUCUGGAUUAUAAAUUUAAAGUCAGUGCUGUUAAUUUUAAUCAGGGAUUUCCAAGUUAUUGCACCCGGGGGCCACUGGCCAAGUUGUCUUCUCCCAAAAGGCCACAGAUCAAUACACACAACUGCAUGUGUGCUUGCACACACACAGCUACACACUCCCAUACACAUGCCCACACAUAGCUACACUGUCUUUUAUACACAUACACACAUAUCUAGCUUCCUAUGAACAAACACACACCCACACCAACAUGUUCCCAUAUAUACAUGCACACACAAUAGGUGACUCACUCCGACACAUGCAGCUGCUCACUCACACUCAAAAACAAACAGCAACACAUUCCUAUACAUAUACACAAUGACAUGCUCCCACACUGAGCUACACACUCUCAAAUACACAACUACACACUUUGAUACACACAAAGUUAUACAUCCCAAGACACCCAGUCACGCACUACCACACACACACACAGCUACAUACUUGAUAUGCACACACACUGUUGCACCCUACUGUACACAACGCUUUCAGCACCUACAUUGUGGCUGGACUCUUAGUAGAGGCUACUGCCAUAUUUUGUGUGCACCAGCCAGCCUUAUCACUGAAGUUCUAGCACUCAACUACAGAAUGCAGAACUUUAGUAAUGUCUGGUGCUCACAAACACUCCCCCACAGCAGACCAGUCUCUUUAGACAUAUUAAAUAAAGACCCAAUUAUAGUCCUGAUGUGAGAUAAAGUGAGGUAUGCUGGGAUUCAGACUUAGCACUCUAAUUAGUGACUGCCCCACUCAAACCAGGGAAGGUGGUGAGGGUCCCAUGAAAGCAUUUUUUGUGAGGAUGUAAAUUGCUUGGAGAUUGUUCUUUUAGAACCCUGAUGUAAAUAGUUACUUAAUAUAAAUGUUACCUUUGUGCCAGAAUGGGUGUAAUUUAAUGCUUUGCUCACCCAUUCAACAUUGAGAAAGUUGUAAGUAUGUUAGAAAUUAUAAUGAACAUUGUAAUGCUAUAUGUAUUUAAAUGUAACAGACACAACAAUCAGGUCUCAUUUGGAAAAGUUUCCUAAUAUGUAAUCUUUGCUUUUUGUGUUGUUUUGGGGCCUUACAUAUUACAUUAUGGUAUAAUUAUUAAUUAAUGUUUCCUAGCGCGUCUGCUUGACUGCUGACCACUCCAACAGACCCCCUUUCUUUUUCUGCUGUACCCAUUGAUAAACACACAGAAAUACAUGUAUAGUGGAUACAGCAAUGGCCACCGUUGUUUUUAACCAUUGCUGCUUAAAACACCAGCAAUUAAGUUACAACAACAACCUGUCAGCUUUAGGGGGAUUACCAAAUAGACAGAUACGCAUCACUGAGGCCCAUGAGUCCUGUGCAGCCUUCAGCAGACUGUGACUCCCCAAGUUGAGAUUGGACAAGAAAACUGCUACUGUUUCACUGCCCUGGCCAGGAAUUCCACCACUGGUCCCAUUAUCACCUAGGGCCUCUACAAUGAUGUUCCACUAUGUCUGGACAGUCCUAUCAGGAAGGAAGCAGUCACACUUUCCCCCUCCGGAUUUGUCCAGGUAGAUUUCUCCACUAUGUAUUAAUGUACAGCAUUAGAUGCUAGAAACAUCAUGUAACUUAUAAUAGUGCAUUUGUCAAAAAUGACCAUUAUGAUGCCCCGAUGCAUGGUCUGCAUUGUGGAUUUUCAGGCAGUUUUGUUUUUAAAAUAAAGCAUUGUAGUCAGUUUAAGUAUAACAUUGUUAUGUUGAAGCAAUUUAAAAAGUUUCAUAUUCAUGAUUUUUCAAAAACAGGGGCCACUUUUUUAACCAGUAGAUUGUAGACAUGGGGAAAAGGUUAUAUUGUUUGCCUUCAUUAAGCUAUUGCCAAAAAUAGCUAUUUCCUAGAAUACUCAUACCAUUCUACAUAUUGACAUAUUGGACGUAUAUAAUCUGAAUUUAUACGGGACCUUGGCUCCAGUACAUACUUGAACUUAGGAGCAUGAAUAUUGGUGAUGUUGUUUAUAAUACUGUCUACUAAUUAAGCUCUCUAAAUUUGAAAAUAUAAAGCAAACAGUAUUCAUUUUAUACUUUGUGUACGCUUUUCCAAAGGACACUGUUAACUGGGAAAUGUCAUAUCUCAAAAUUUUAAAUAUUAUUUUUUAUUAUGCAAAAUAAAAUCAGAUGUAGAAAUAGAUACCUAUUAUCCUGCAACUGGGUACCUCCAUCUUAGCUCCCUGUGAGAUAUUGUUAUACACUGCCUCCAUAUUAGCUCCCUGUCAGAUAUUGUUAUACGCUGCCUCCAUCUUAGCUCCCUGUCAGAUAUUGUUAUACGCUGCCCCCAUCUUAGCUCCCUGUGAUAUAUUGUUAUAAGCUGCCCCCAUCUUAGCUCCCUGUCAGAUAUUGUUAGAAGCUGCCUCCAUCUUAGCUCCCUGUGAGAUAUUGUUAUACACUGCCUCCAUAUUAGCUCCCUGUCAGAUAUUGUUAUACGCUGCCUCCAUCUUAGCUCCUUGUGAGAUAUUGUUAGAAGCUGCCUCCAUCUUAGCUCCCUGUGAUAUAUUGUUAUAAGCUGCCCCCAUCUUAGCUCCCUGUCAGAUAUUGUUAUAAGCGCUGUCCUUUGGUCAUGGCAGCCAGAUCAGGGAAAGCACACAGAGAAGAGGAGACAUGAAACAAUAUUUUUUCUUCCGCCUUUUCAUUUGCAAUGUUUGCCUUGUCUGGAAUAAAUUGUGGUGUGAUGUGCUAAAACUUUAAUAUAAAUUUAAGAGGAAAUAGAACAGCUCAUCAAAAAGUUAAAACAAGUUAUAUAUGAUUUUUGAUGUUUUGUUAAAUUGUGUAAAUUCCAAAGAGGUGACAGUUUCUCUUUAACAUAUGACUAACAGUGUUAUUCACUAAUGUGAGAAUUCAAAGUGAACUCAAAGUGAUUUUCACAUACAAGGUAAAAGUAGCCAAACUGGAACAAACCUUUAAGUCUACUAUGCUUCCAAAUUGACUACUUUGGCUUGAAAUGUGAAACUUUUAAUUCACUUUGAUACGUCAUUUGAGUGAAUUACCGUGUAUCAAUAGACUAAAAUAGAGACAAUUUAUGACAAACUUACCGUAAUUUUCUUUUCCUGGCUAUUUCUCAUGGCAGCAUCACUUAUGGGUAGCUCCUUCCUUAGCAGUCACAGGACAGGAAUUAAUUAGAUUAAUUAAUUAGACUGAUAGGUAUAAAGAGUCCCUCCUCCCCUUACACCUCAGUCCAAUUAUAAAGCUGAAAAAAAACGGGUGGGAACCCUGAUGCUGCCAUGAGAAAUAGCCAGGAAAAGAAAAUUACGGUAAGUUUGUCAUAAAUUUUCUCUAUUCCUGGCUAAUCAUGGCAGCAUCACUUAUGGGUAAUACCCAAGCUCACAGAAUUAUAGGGUGGGAACAAUAAACUGAGAAACAGACUCUUAUGCUGCAAAGAAAAUUUUAAUAUCAGUGGGAUAAAGAAACCGUAGACAGGACACACUUCCCAAAGGAGGUGGAAGGAGAGUCCACAUCCAGUUUGUAGUGUUUCAAGAACGUCAUUGGGGAAGACCAUGUGGUUGCCCUGCAAAUGUCAUCGUAUGGAACCUCUGCCCAACUAGCCCAUGAAGUCGACAAAGCUCUAGUAGAAUGAGUUCUUAUCUUCAUUGGAGGAGGUCGACCUUUCGAGACAUAUGCAUUCCUGAUAACCAGUGAAAUCCAACGUUUCAAUGUAGAUAAUGAAGCCGCUUCACCUUUCCUGGCUCCCGACGGCAAAACAAAGAGUUGGUCAGUUUUCCGGAAAGAUUCAGAACACUUAAGGUACAGAGACAGGCAGUUCAUGACAUCCAAACGUUGCCAUCUAACCUCCUCUUGCGAAGAAGGAUUGUGGUAGAACGAUGGAAGAACCACUUCUUGAGAGAGAUGAAACUGAGAGACCACCUUAGGAAGAAACCCAGGUUUGGGCUUCAGGCACACCCUAUCAUGAUAGAAUUGUAGACAAGAAGGUAAGGUAGAAAAUGCUUUAAUCUCCGAAAUCCUUCUUGCAGAAGUAAUUGCCACCAAAAACAAAGUUUUAUGCGUCAGGAGGGUAGCAUCCAAACUCUCAAGGGGAACGAACAGAUCCUCUGUUAGGUAAUUGAGCACCAGAGGAAGGUCCCAAGGAGGUGUGGUAGAUCUGGAAGGAGGUCUCAACCUGAAAGCCGCUUUGAAGAACCUGGAGAUCAAAGGAUCCGAAGUCCAAGAUACAUUGCACAAAGCUGAAAGCGCAGAGGACUGGACCUUGAGAGUGCUGAGGCUAAGGCCCAUAUCCAGACCCUCUUGCAGGAACUCCAAGAUCUCUGUAUUGUGAGGAUGCAGGAAAUCAACAUUCUUGGCUGAAGCCCAUUCCCGGAACACAUCCCAGAUCCUAUGGUAGCAUGAGGAAGUAGAAGCUUCCCUUGAUUGCAAAAGAGUAUUGACCACUGCUUCUGAGAGACCUAGUAGUUGAAGUCUUUCUUUUUCAAGACCCAUACCCCCAACUUGAGGCGUUCUGGAUGAGGAUGGAAUAUUGGGCCCUGCGUUAGUAGAUCCUCCAUAACAGGAAGAGGCCAAGGUCGUUCUUGGCUCAUCACAGACAAUAGGGGGAACCACGGCCUCCAAGGCCAAAUCGGAAUUAUGGCAAUCACCUUCAUUCCUUCUGACCAAACGUUCCUUAAGAACCUGGGUAUCAUGGGUAGGGGAGGGAACGCAUACCCCAGAUCGAAUGACCAAGGAAGAGAGGCCCAAUACCUGACUGUCCGGGUGGAGGGAGAAGUAAUUCUCCACCUGAUGAUUCCGGGAGGAUGCCAUCAGGUCGAUCUGGGGCAUGCCCCACCGACGGGUAAUCCAUGCAAAGACUGCCGGGUGAAGUUUCAAUUCUCCUGGAAGAAUUUCCUUUCUGCUGAGAAAGUCCGCAGUCACGUUCUCCGAACCUGGAAGAUAGAUCGCCUUCAGACCUUGUAGAUUGGUCAUGGCGAUCGUCAUCAAGGGAGCCAGCUCCUUCAAGAGCAAUCUGCUUCUCGUGCCACCUUGAUUGUUCACAUAUGAAGCCACCACUUGGUUGUCUGUUUUGAUCAGCAACCAAGAAUUCAAGAUCCGUGGUAGGAACACCACGAUGGCUCUGGUAACAGCUCUCAGUUCUCUUAGAUUCGAGUGUAGCUGACUCUCCUCUUGGGUCCACUUCCCUUGAGUCCAUGCGGUGUCGAAGAGGGCACCAAAAGAACUGGCAUCUGUUGUAAUAACCUUCCAAGGAGGUUCUUCCAGUGGGAAGCCUGUUGCUAAAUUCUUCUUGUUCUUCCACCAGGUCAACCCUUUCCUCACGGGUAGGGGUAAGGAGAUCCUUUGCUCCCAAUCUGUUCCCACUCUGUCGAACUGGAGAAGGAAGUAAUUCUGGACUGGAUGAAGCUUCCACUGGGCCCAUUUCACCAAUCCUAUAGUUGAUGUCAAAGAACCCAGGAGACUCAUAACUUCCCUUGCAGAGGCAGUCUCGAGACUUUGUAGCUUCCCUACUUUGUCUCUGAUUUUCGUAACCCUUUCCGGAGAUAGGAACACAUGGGCAAAUAUGGUGUUUAUCACUGCUCCGAGGAAUACAAUCAUCUGAGAAGGAAUCAGGGAGCUUUUCUCCAUGUUCAGAAGCCAACCAUGGUCUUGAAGAACUUUCAUCGCCACCAAAGUGUGAUGAGCUACUAUCCCGUGAGAUGGACCUAUGAUAAGGAUGUCGUCAAAGUAAUGGAAGAUCUCGAUACCUUUCUCCCUUAUGAAGGCUAUUAAGGUGACAAGGUGACUUUUGAGAACGUUCUUGGCGCCAAGCUAAGGCCAAACGGAAGACCCCGGAACUGGAAAUGCCUUCCUAGCGCCCAGAACCUGAGAAACUUCAUAUGUUCGUGGUUUACAGGGAUUUGGUAGUAGGCGUCCCUCAAGUCUAUGGAGGUCAUCCAGUCUCCUCUUUUGACACUCGUCAAGAUGGACCGUAAAGAUUCCAUUUUGAACAUUCUUUAGUUGAGCAUGGAGUUUACACCCUUCAAGUUCAGGAUGAGACGCCACUUUCCCUGGGGUUUUGGGGCCAAGAACACUGUGGAGUAAACCCCAAGGAAUCGUUCCUGUCUUGGAACUUCUUCCACCACUUUUUGGUCCAGAAGAGUAGAAAUGCAGGUCCUCAUGGCCCUCCGUUUGAUGCCUGCUGACACUGUAGAUUUUAUGAAGAAAGCGGUUUUUGGGCGAGAGGAAAACUCUAUCCUGUAACCUUCCUUUACAAUAGAUGUGACCCACACGUCCGUAAUGUUCUUGGCCCACACGGGGUAGAAGAACUUUAGUCUUCCUCCCACAGUCCCCGAAUGGGCCUGAAGACCUUCAGAAGCUCUUCUGAGGGGUUCGGGCCCCUCUUCCCCUGGAAGCCUUAUUGGAAGAAGAGUGUGAGAAGGAUUUCCAUGAGGAAUUUCUGGAAUACUCCCUUCCUGGUUUAUAGCUUCUGCUGUCCCGAAAGGACCGAUCCUUGAAACGCUUAUUCUUCCAAGAGGAGGUAAAGCUCUUCCUGCUAACUUGAGGCAAAAAUUCUUUUUUCCCCUCAGCAGCUUUUUGAAUAGCGUCCUCCAGGACCUUGCCAAAUAGGAGAUCCCCCUGGAACGGAAGGCCACAUAAGGACGUCUUGGAGACAUAGUCCGCUCCCCACGAAUGAAGCCACAAGGCCCUUCUAGAAGCCACAGACAGGGCCAUACUCUUGGCAAUCAUGCGAGUGAUCUCUAGAGAGGCUUCUGAACAGAAUUCCGUGGCUAGAUUAAAGUCUCUGAGGCUCUCCAACAGAUGUUCCCUACGGACACCCCGAUCAAUGUCCUCCUCCAAAUUUGUGAGCCACACUCUUAAGGCCCGGGAGAGAGUGGUCAGAGCCACUGCUGGGUGAAGGGUGGAGCCCAGGGCCAAGUAGGCUUUAAUCAAAUCACCAUCCAAACGCUUUUCCAUAGGCUCUCUGAGAUAUGCCAUGGAGUCAAUAGGAAGCGUAGUUUUCUUUGCCAUAUGGAUCACGGCAGCAUCAAUCUUAGGAACUGAAUCCCAUAGGCAGCAGUCCACGGCAGAGAAAGGAUAGAUCCUUGUGAAUUUAUUUUUCAAUGUGGAUUUCCUUUUAGGCUUAUUCCAUUCUUGGACGAUUAUGUCCCUGAUAGAGGAAUGCACCGGGAAGGUAGGUCUAUUCAGUUUUAGGUCCUCAAAGAAUCUGUUAAUACAGACUUUUCUUCCGUGAGACUAAGAGUGUCAUUGAGAAGGGUAAUAAGCCUAUCAAUAGACUUCGAGUCAAGAGACCUGGAGGUAUAUUCAAUUUCCUCCUCACCAUCAUCCGAGACCUCCCAUACAUCAGGGUCUUCUCCAGAGCUGGAAGACUGAGGUUCCGCUCUGCGUCUCUUACUCGGCCCACUAGACACCGUGGUGGACUUAAAGCCCUCAGCAAUAGCUUGGGAAAUCCAGAGCUUAAGGUCGUCUUGUGGGGAACCCCCACUGGGGGCAUGUGCCGCUUCCAAUAAGCAUUCCCUGCAAAGGUUCCUCCCAUGUGGAGCAGGUGACGAACAAUUGAUGCAUUUGUUGGACUUUUCCCUUGAUUUUCUCGCUGGAGAACCCAGAUGCUUGCUAGGGCUGAAGUAAAGCCAUAUAUAAACAUAUAUUACAGGCUUAGCUUGGCACUCUUUUAACAACCCCCCACAAAAAAAAAAUCAGUGGCUCACCUAUGUUUUCUAGAGAGGGAUCUUGCAGAGGCAGAGGGAGAAUCCAUACUACAAACGAGAAUGAAAGGAAAGUCAAAACACCAUUCCCAAUAAAAAGGACCAGAGGCAAACUGACAAGACACACAGAAGAACUAGUAAUCAUACCUUAGAAUGACAGAAAAAACCUACAGGCAGCCAAGAACAACAGCAAAGGAAGGACUGCAGAGCAACCAGGACUAAAGGUGCAGCAGAACAGCUGAUGCAGAGCACAGGCAGAGUGCCUGUAUCAAUCAGUUUAAAUAGAGCCGGGAACGCCGGUCUGUGCAUGCGCAGGCCGCUGGAACGCACGCCAUGCGUUCCAAAUGCUCGCGGACCGGAAAAACAUCACUUCCGGUUCACCGGCCGGUCGUGACGUCACUUCCGCCUGCUGGAACGCACGCCGCGUUCCAGCCAACCACGCCGGCCAUACCAGGAGCCCCCAGGUAACAACCCAGGGAACCUCUGCUUCAGCAGAGAGGGACAGACCCCCAGGAAUCCAAGACAGCAGUACCAAGUAAGCAAAACAGGCUCCCCCACAGGAGGAGUCCCAUAGUAUGGAUUCUAAACACUGCCACCAAUGCCACGGGGGGUAGGGGGGGAUAUUUUAGACCGCAAUUUCUAGGGGCAAGACAACAGCAAGGGUGAUUUUUAAGGAGGACCAACCCCAUAUUAACAGAUUACCUGUAGCUGUGUUUCCCUCAGAAUACCAAAUCCCACGCAGCAGUUCAGUACUUACACUGAACCUGACCCAGUUAGUCCUGCUCAUGCAGGCUGUUUACUCUGUCCUUCAAAUGAAGAGAGGCUGAACUUCACUUGGAAUGAACCCACGACAAACGCAGGAAGGUGGCCAGAAAACAAAAUCUAAAAGGUCCUGUAGAACUUGCUAAGGACAGGAAAAAAGACUGAGGUGUAAGGGGAGGAGGGACUCUUCAUACCUAUCAGUCUAAUUAAUUAAUCUAAUUAAUUCCUGUCCUGUGACUGCUAAGGGAGGAGCUACCCAUAAGUGAUGCUGCCAUGAUUAGCCAGGAAAUGUAUAUUCCAUACCAUAUCUGACAGCCAUUAAAUUAAAUUAAAUGUUUGACGUUGCUGUGCUUUGUUUACCGUUUGGUGAAAUGUAAUGACUCUGACUAUAUUCCACUUUUAGUUAUAUAGUCUAUAGGAUUGCUGUGAAUUAUCAUGUGUGGGGACAUUUAAAGUCACUUUUGCCACAUUUCCUGCUGCCUAAUGGAACAGUAAUAUUUUGUUGUUUUGGCCUUUGAAGAGUGAGAUUUUUUUCAUCCUUCAAAGAUCUCUAACCUAUUCUUUCAUAUAUGAUAUGGCCUCCUUAUUAUAUAUUCCUCGCUGCUAAACUUGGUCUCUGUUAACGCACAGAUAGGGAAAUAUUGAUUCAUAUUUAAAAUUAAAAUCUGCCUAAAACAUGUGUCUGUCACCCCUUAAUUCCACAUACAGAACAAUGCUUUUUAAAUUUUUUUAAUUUUAAUGUACCCAUUUUAGGCAUGAAAUGUUUUGUAUGCCGAUGUGUUCUGUGUGAUAAAUUUGCUUUCUGUAACCUGUGUUGUGUAUAGUAUUUCCACUUCAGGAAGACUCAUUUACACACAAAGUGAAGAAGACAGCUGUAUCAGACAGGCUUACUGGGUGACUAAUGCCUGCGAUGUAUGCAAAGCACACAUUAAUCAAUGCCUCUGUCUGACAAAAAUGCAAAUGUACAAGAUAUUUAAUGAGGAUAGACCCGAGGUUCGACAUUGUGUAAACCUCUUCUAAAACAAACCAUAUCCUUUUUAACACCAUAAACUUAUAUUCGAGUCACAAAACGAAUGCAACAUUUUGGUCAAAAUGGGUAGGCUGGGGGUAAAUCGACUGAGCUAGUAACAUGUCUGUUUUGGACUAAAUGGUGCAAAUCUGUUACUAACUCACUGCAACAAGCUGUAGUAAACCUUGAAUAUAACUGGCAUCUUUAUACAAUGUCUCUACAUACAAUGUACAUAAUGUCUGGUGGUUUCCUUUCUACACCUCUGGGCACAACAACAGUCUACGUCUGAUAAGUAUCUCCAGUGGAACACAAUUAGAAAAUGUCUUUAUCCUGGACUGUUGGUAUGCCUUGGGGACUAGGUUGGGAAUGACUAUGUAAUUGUGUUCAGAUUUAGUGAAAUAAAAAUGCUACUAAUGCAGAGGAAACUGAACCAUUGUGCUACAAAUGUGCUAACUCCAGUUCGGUCCAAGUCUUAAGUCACACACAAAGCCAUCUAUUUGACACUCCUGAGCUCCAUCCAGUGGUCAUCUUGAGUGCUGCAAGACAGAUAAAUCUAGAUUAGCACUAAUAUAGUAACACACAAAGGCCUUUACACUUUUAUAUUUUUGAAUACGCUUUUCAAGUGAUUUAAUAUUUUUUGGGAUAAACUAAAUUAACUAAAAAAAAUAUUAAAAUAUCAAAAACUAAAUCAAAAUAUUAAUUCAUUUUUAAAAGAUUAGCCCAAAAAAAAAAAAAUAUUUUGGAAAAUUAAUCUUAAAUUAUUAAAUUAAGCCAAACCUCAUUCAAAUAAAUGUAUGAUUUAUUUUAUUAACAGUUACCUGCAGUAAAAUGAUUGCACACUCUUGCUCAUCUACUCAUCUUCCCAUACAAACACCAUUAUCUUACUUUAAUAACAGUCCGAGAUCAACAAUCAUUGCCAUUGUUGUUUUAUUAUAACCAUGUAUUGUCUUUUGUUGACUUUAGCUUAGAGUUCUAGGAUGGAUAGCUACAGAGCUGCUAACAAGCUGGCACAAGCAGAUAUACAAGUUGAUGAAUAACCUCUCUUGAGCGCUUUUGUUCUUUCAGUGUGCAAAGGUGAUGGUGUAUUUUGCAUUUAUCUUAUCUCUUGCUUCACCCUGAACAGCUGGAUGUGAACCGUCUAAUUCAGACCCUUUGGAUGAGCCAACAAAUGAACCUUCCUCACCAACCCAAAGAAUUUCCAUGGAAACACCCGGUUUGGCAGAGAAGAAGAUGGUUGACCCAAAGGGUCCAGGUCCUUUUUUUUAUAUAGGAGGCAAUAACGGGGCCCAGCUGUAAGUACUUAAAAAUUAUGUUUAAAAUGGUGUUUAAUUUCUGAUUCUCUCCGUAAAACCCUCAACCUUCAUAGAGAGUCAGCAAUUUACAGAAUAUUUUCCACUUUUAAACCAAGGUUGAGAAAAAUGCAUAUUCCUGGACUAAACCUUAACUCCCAUCAAGAUAAGCCAUAUUACAUUACUCUACUACCAUGAUUCCAACAUCAUAUGUUGAGGACAAAAUUGUAAUGCACCUUAAAUUAUUGUCACAAUAGAAAAAACAGUAACGUUUGUGUACGAAUGCACGGACUAAUUUAUAUUCGAAUCUCUUAGUAAUUCCAAAAUAUAAUUUAUAGUCACUGUUCCACAUAAAAUACUACUAGCAUACAUAAGAAAAGAGCAAAUAAAUGAAUCUGUUCUGUAUGCUGCUUGCAACAGUAUUUUAUUUAUGUAAUAUGUAUCUAAUGUUAUUCACGUAGAACCCUCUUUGGGUUUUCUCUACAAACUCCAGAUGAGGGUGUGAAGGGUGUCAGAAUAUCCUCUAAUUCACUACACAGUAUUCAGAUCUGAAUUUCACAGAUCACAUAAGAUUAAUUGCCAUAAAUAUUUAUGUCUAUCUUAAGGGUACACUAUAGAUGCCCAGACCACUUCAUCUUAUUGAAGUGGUCUGGGUGUAGUGUCCCUGUCAAUAUGGCGCUGCAGUUGCAAACAUUGCAGCCACUAGAGGCGCUUCCUCAAGCUUCACAGAGUUUGACUCUGUGAAAUGCUGUGCAUGAGAAUGCUCAAUGUCUUCAUAAUCCCCAUGUGACGGAACACCGUCACCUAGUACCAUGCCCACAUGUGCCCACUCACUUGCCUGCUUAUUGUUUUCAGGUCAUCAUGCUGGGGAUCUCCCCUUGUUUGCAAAUCAUGUUUGGGCUUGAUUGGAAGAUUGUGCUUUUCCUAUUCUAAAUGUGAUAAAAAUGAGGCUUGAGUAUUAAUUUGUGGGUAGGUAUUAAUGUCUCUUUUGGAUAUGAUAUUGAAACACAAGGGUUUGUUUGUUAUUGAAUGCUAGUGUUUAUUAACAUAUCAAAGGACUUCCAAUCUAAUUGGCGGAGGUAACCAGUAGGGGUACCAGGCCGUCCGCCACAUCCCAUAUGAAAGAAUUGAUUCAAUGUUUUCCUAUGGGGAGGCGUAUGCACACUUGUUGCUCACUGCGAAUGUGCAUUAGGUCCCCCUGUUGGCUGAAGUUGGAGCAAGCGGAUCUCCCAUCAAGCGAGGGACCUUGGCACUGGAAUCAGUAAGUGUAACAUUGUUUAUAACCAUUUAUUUGCCACUGGGGGGCUGCGACGGGGAGGGGGAGGCAGAGAGACACUAUAGUGUUAGGAAUACAGUUUUAAAUUUCUUACACUAUAGUGUUCCUUUAACUGGAAAUAGCUAAAAGUUGUAUUCAAUUAACUGACUACUGACUAUCUGUUAUGCUUGAAAGGUUAGUAUCUCUAAAAAAGCUAUUUAAUGCUUUGCUAAAUCUGCACCUUGCAUAUUAAUGAACAGGACAAUGCACGUGUAAGCAAGCAUAUAAGAUGUCUAUGCUGAUGUGUAUCAUGCUUUUAGAAAUCACCAGAUUUUUUAUCAUAUGAUUAAGCCUUAUAAACAAAAGAAACAGUCUAAAAUGUUAAAAGAAUUACCGAUUGUAUUUUGGAAAUUCAGUUUGACGAAAUCACUACAUCUUAAAAAAAAAAAAAAAAAAAAAAAUUAUAUUUUUUUUAGGUAGUCCGAUAGAUAGGCAUCUUCUGAAUAUUGUCCAUGCAAAAUAAUCGGGAAAUAAUUAAAUAUUAUGUAAAUAUUUAGCAGUACAUUGAUAGGAGCAUUCUCAGUAUUCGGUUCACAGAUCGAGUGAGCAAAAGUAAGCAAUACAGAGAAAAGGAGGGGGGCAGUAAAAUGAACAAAUCUCGAUUCACAUAUUAUAUAUUUUUUAAAUGUAUAAUGUAUAAAUAUACUAAUACAUAAGUAGAGAUUUUUAGUAGUUACUUCUCAUUUGAUCUGUGUAUAAAAUCAACACAUAAGGGCUGCCCCCUAGCAAUCAAUAAUUUUUUUCCCUCAUCAAUUGUCUUUUUAGUUCUGAACGCCAAAUCACGAAUCAAGUGAAAAUGUUUGUCUAUUGUAUGAGCCAUUUGCUCAGUUAUAUGUCCAUAUGGUACUUCGAAUUUACUGAAUUCAGAUGACCUGUCUAUCAGUCUAAAUUCAGACACAUUGUGCCAAAUAUGGCCAAAAACAAGUGUACGGUUCUAGUACGUAUGAUAUGGGUAAUAUUAACCUGUCAUCAUAGUUAUCUAUUUAACGUGAACCUGUCACCCUGACUCUUGUCAUGACUCUUUUAUGUACUUGUUCCUCGGUUAUGAUUAAGGGCAGUGAAGCCCAGAAUGCAUAAGGUGUUUGUUCAUCCUGUCCUGUUUUGUCCUCCACUGUAUCUGCCAUAUAGCAUUUCAAAAAAAUACAAUAAAAAUUUCCAUUUUAUACAUUGUUUUGUGAGCCUCAUAUUACCCCCAGAGCAGUGGGAAAUUAGAUUUUUAAUAUUCAGGUUUACUUUAGACAUUGUAUCUCCACAAGGAGAAUCUUAGAAUCUAAGCACCAUAACCACUCAAGCUCUAUGUAGUGCAGUAUCUGUUUUUUUUAGCAUCUAUUCCAGCUACAGAGCCUGACUUCCCCUGUCAGAUGCCAAGGGCUCAGCAGGGUGGGAGGUUUACUGUCCUGCAAAAGGUUCCUCUUAGACUUAGACCAUCCAAUGUUUGUUUGGUUUCUUACCAUUCUCAGGUUAACCCAGCUGUUCCGUUUGCCUUUAGAAAUAAUAAGUAAAUAAUAAGUAAAUCACCUCCUCCCAUCAAAGAGAUAUGCAACCCACACGAUCCAAAAGUUUACUACACAGGGCAUUUGUAAUUCAAGAUCUCUCUCCAUGGUAACAUGGAACUAUGUGUUUCUAGCGAUCACUCAUAUGGUCUAUAUACAAAAAAAUGUGUUCUUAGAAUUCACAUUAUUCCACAUACCGAACUAUGUCAAUAAGCAGCUUGGAUUGUGAACAAGCAUCGAAAAGACCUUUUUCUUUAUUAUUAAUUUUUUUAACAUUUUAAUUUUUCACUUAAAUUAAGAUGUCAGCCUGCUGAAACCAACAAGCUGUGAAUUAACAGCAAUUUUUCUUUCAAUCGAUACACGGCACGCUAAUAUUGAUUAAACUUGCUGCCUACUUGUAAUUGACAGGGAGCUGGGCUAAUAUUGGUUCAAUCUGUUGCCUGCUCACAAAUGCUAAACAUUAAAAUUGAUUUAGCAUGCUCCAUGCUGAGAUUGUCAAACAGAAAUCUCUGUGCAUUCACAUCCACAUUCACCUUACCCACCUUUACACCUAUGUUAUUCACAUCUAAACACCAGCAAAACCUAGCUACCAUAUUGGGUGUAUCUCCCCAUGACAUAUUUCAGCAAUGUGACUGAUCUAAACAUUUAUUUAAUUUUAUUUUGAAAACAAAGUGUAUGUUUUAUUUAUGUGGUAUAUAUGGAAUUGUUCGCAAAAUAAACAAUUCCCAAUAUACAAAACUCAAUUCUCAAGUGAAAUUGAGACAUAUUAUUGUAUAAAUAUGUUGAAAUUCAUUUGUGAUUGAUCUGGAUAUUUGUCCUAUAACAUAAUUUGUGUAGGACAACAUUUUCCACUUGCAACUCGACUUUGACAAGUUCAAAAUUGUUAUCAAUAGUGAUGUCCCAAACGGUUCGCGAACGGUUCGCCACGGACUCAUCAUUCCAGCCAAUCGGCAGCAGACCCUCCCUCCCAGACCAUCCCACCUCCUGGACAGCUCACUAAGAAUGCAGCUUCAAAAUGGAUGCUGUCCAGGAGGUGGGAGGGUCUGCUGCUGAUUGCCUGGAAUGAUGAGUCCGUGGCGAACCUUUCGGCGAACCGUUCGCGGCAAACCGUUUGCGAACCAUUCGGGACAUCACUAGUUAUCCAUUUAUAGAUGUUCAGUUAGUGUUUCUGAGACACAGAGGUUUUGCUCUCCAACAUUCCUUAUCUCAUGCUGUUAAGUUUUUGUAAUAUCAUGCUGACGUCAGUUAUAAAAGUUUAGCACCUCACUAAGUAGAUAUGCGUGCUGCAAGUUACCACUGUUGUACACCUGGUGUCUCUGAUUAACCAGAUACAAGAAAACCCAAUUACGCUGCUAUGUUAAUUUUAUCAAUCAUUGUUAAGGCCUGGUGAGGCUGUUAUCCAAUAAAUGUUUGUCAAAGUCAUCAAGGCCCUAUCUAUCUUCUUAAUUUUUAUUAAAACAGCAUUGGUACCAUACUACACAUUAGUUUGGAAAAAAAGACUUUGAUAUAUAUCUAAUUUGGGUCGAAUGACAAAAAAGUAAAGAAUAUAUAUGACUAAAAAUAAAAGAUAAAAACAGUAUUUCAAUCUGUCACUUUUCAGUAUUUCAUAAAGAUAUAUUCUUUAUAUAGCAAUGCCAGUAGAAUGGGAUGACAGAAAUGAAAUUCAAACUACCAGGUAGUCAGGUAGCUUCGGAAAAAAAGGAAAACAGAGCUUCGAUUAACAAAGAUACAAAACCAGCUGUUGACCCAGAGUCUUCAAAUGUGAAGGAACACAGCAAUCCAUUGCUGCCCAGUCACAAGAAAGGCCCCUACAAAUGGAAGCAAAAAAUGGGAGACUUUAAAAAAAUGUGGGUGGACAACCAUGUCCUCUUUUUUUUCCCAACUAUGGUCAGUUGGUGGGGGCUAAUUUUUAAAUGGUGGGCCCUAUUGACUUUACCAGCCAUCAUUUAUAGGCAGCGGAUGGUGGCCCUAAUUAUAGUAUAAGGGAGAGAUCUAGUGUCCCCCCCAACCCCAUCCGUGAGUGGUUUGUGAAGGGUUAAAUUAAAUAUACAUUAGAGAACCUAGUGGUAGUAGUAGUGCACCCGUACCAUCACCCUAGGAAGUGAGUGGUGGCCAUAAUUAAAUAUACAAGGGGGUGGACAUGACAAUAAUUCUCCCUCAGGGGGAAUUAGGAAAGUAAACUUACCCCCUACCUGCCUCCUUCUUACUGUAAUAAUAGAGAGAGAGGAGCAGUAAAAAUAAUUUUGUAAAAAAAUAUUAAUCAUCUUCUUUCUUCUUAGUCUUAUUUUUUUAACCCACAAAAAUAGCCAUAAUUAAAUGCAUAAUAACGCAAAUAAAUAUAUAUUGAAAUAAAAACACUCAAUUUGCCAAAAAAACCAAACAAACAAAAAAAAAAAAAUCUCAAUUGAACAAAAAAUAGAUCAAUAUUCAUCUUGUGAGGGCUCCAUGUAAAUUGAGUUUCAAAGUGGAAAAAAGGCGUUUGAAAGGCCUUCACAGGCUUUGAAUUCUCAUUUGCGUGCUCUGCCUGGUGUUUAGUGAAUUUCUCUGGUAGUUAUGAGGGGUAGUGGAUACUUAAAGGAGAACUGUCACCUGAACAAUAUUUUUUAAUAUAAUAGUCCUUUUAUUAAGAUUUGAAAGGAAAUAGAUUCUUUGUUAAAUUAAGUAUUUGUAAAUAAAUGACAAAACCACAUCCCUACGGCAAUUGGCAACAUACAUGUGUCUUCGGUCAGACAGUGUUUCAAUUUGACAGUAAAUCGGUCUGAUGAUGUCACUGUACUGUGCAGGGAGUGAAGCAGGAAAGACUAUAGAGACUUUAUAGAGGUUUUCAAGCACUGCCUGGCACAAGGUGUAUGUAUAGGUGUAUGUAUAUGGCUGACGGAUCCUGUCAUAUACUAAAGGUAGCGGUGACUAUUUCCUCAUUUUUUUUUACAUAUACUUAGCUUUUCAAACCGAAAGAGUCAUUAUAUUAAAGGGACACUAUAGUCACCCAGACCACUUCAGCUCAAUGAAGUGGUCUGGGUGUCAGGUCCCUCUUGGGUUAACCCUGCCUGAUGUAAACAUAGCAGUUUCUGAGAAACUGCUAUGUUUACAUCUUGGGUUAAGCCAGCCUCUAGUGGCUGUCUUCCACUAGAGGCUCAUCGGCAAUGCUUGAGCCAAAUUAUGCCGCAAUCACGCAGAGCGUCCAUAGGAAAGCAUUGAGAAAUGCUUUCCUACGGACACUUUGAAUGCGCGCGCGGCAGUGCCGCGCAUGCGCAUUCGGCGCCGGUGACGUCAGACAAGGAUGCUGACGUCGGCGGCGGAGGAGAGGUAAGGGAGCCUGGCAGGGGAAAAGGGUGAGUAGCUGAAGGGGUUUUAUCCCCUUCAGCGCUGCAGGAGGGGGACUCUGAGGGUGGGGGCACCCUCAGGGUACUAUAGUGUCAGGAAAACCAAGCGGUUUUCCUGACACUAUAAUGUCCCUUUAAAAAAUAAUGUUGAGAUAACAGUAGUUCUUUAAUUAUUAUUGCUAUAUUUAAAAAAUGAAGAAUAAAUAGAUUUGCUACAUAAAGCCACCACUUUUUAUUUCCAAUUCCAAUUCUAACCUGCAGAAUGUUUCUUUUUUUGUUUGUUACAAUUGUUCAGCUGUACAUAAUAUUAUCCUCAGAGACUGUAUAGACGGUGUUAAUACAUACAAUAUAAAUCAAGUGACUGUAUCUGCACAGAGCUUCAUUUAUUACGAGCAAUAGCUUUGUACAAGUUUUUUUUUUUUAAGAAUAAAUAAAACCUGAGGGCAGCACAGUUUUCAGUAAAAAGAUUUACUACGACCUUCAGAAACUUCUACUAUGCUCUUAAGACAUAUUUAGCAAUUCCAUAGGAAGCUCCCUGUAAUUUGCAGCAAAAACAGGAAAGUUAAAGGUGAUUUUUUAAAAAACAUUUUUAUCCUCACCUUUUUUAUAAUGAGUUAUCUAAAUAAAAGGAUAUUCUAUUGCGUGGUGCAUCCCUUUAAAUAAUCAUUUCCGGCAAGCGUAUUUAUUUGCUUUUAAACCAUCUCUGCAGAAAGGUUUCUUUAAUAAAUACAUCUCUAUGUGUCAAACUUCCAACUAUAAAUCGACCAAUAAACAUGAACGUUCUCUGCACAUAACUGAGGACAAAGCUCCCUCUACUGUUCACAAAAGGUAAAGCAAGUGCAUAGUGACUUUCAUUUACAGAAUCCCUUGCUCUUCAACACAACAAAAUCAAAAUCAUUUAAUGCACGUACUAACUGAGACCUUAAAAUUGACUAAACUGAAACAAAAAUGUACUAUAUGGUAUAGAUUGUAAUAUUUCAGUUUCAGUUUUACCACCAAAAAUCAAACUUUGUUAUGUUACAUUAAAACCCCUUCAGUGAAUUACCUGAAUCCAGCGCCAAUGUAGGCUCUGCCUACUCUCCUCCCCCGCUGACGUCAGCUGGCGGGGAGACCUAAUGCGCAUGCGUGGCAAUGGCCGUGAAUGCGCAUUAGACACCCCCCAUAGGAAAGCAUUAUUUAAUGCUUUCCUAUGGGGAUUUUGGCGUCGCUGGAGGUCCUCACAUAGCGUGAGGACGUCCAGCGUUGUUUAAAACACUUUUCGUGUUCUAUGAGGAGAACUUAACCCUGCAAGGUAAAUAUUGCAGUUUAUGAAAACUGCAAUAAUUACACUUGCAGGGUUAAGAGUAUUGGGAGUUGGCACCCAGACCACUCCAAUGGGCAGAAGUGGUCUGGGUCCCUGGAGUAUCCCUUUAACAAACUGCAGUUUAUUUAUUAAUACAUUUUAAUCAAUUUAAAAUAUGCACAUAGUGGCAAAAAAAAAACAAAAAACAGUAGCUGUGGGUGAAGUUAAAAGAUGGAGGGACAUUAACCUCUAUCCCUUGAAAUGGACUCUGUCCCCGGACAUGUUAGGUUCUGUCCACUUAACCCCUGGUACUCGACCUACCUUUCUUGCAUUUGGCAAACAAGUGGUACAUUUAAGACCUAUCUUCUAGGGUGCACAGAGUUUAAUAGUCCAGAAAAGCUAAAGGGUAACAUAGGAACUUCUGUUAGAGCAGACUAUGCAUGUCUAUGAAGUCUAUACCCAAAAGCAACCAUGCUUGCGUGGUGUUUUGCUGCGCAUGUGCAUUAGCCUCCCAAUGUUCUCCAAUUAAAAGCAUUGCAUUGACGAUAUGGUCUAAUUUGAUGAUCACUUUCUUUUCAGAGAAUGGUGGUUUUAACACUAUAGGGUCAGGAAUACAUGUUUGUAUUCCUGACCCUACAUACAUGUUUGUAUUCCUGACCCUACAUACAUGUUUGUAUUCCUGACCCUAUAGUGUUCCUUUAAGCAAUGCUCAAACAUCUUAACUACACCUGUGAAAAGGGAACCAAAUAUAUGAGACUGCAUGAUUUGGCCUUCACCUGGGUAUAUAUAAACUGUCUGUCAUACUAUAUAUACGAUAUUGUGGUGGCAGUCUAUGUCUGCUAUUUCAGUAUUCCUUGACCCUGAUUUAAAUUAAUUAUCUCAACCCUCACCAGUGAUGUGACUGUGAUCUACCGAAAUGUGGAUCUAUCAUGACACAGUAUCCUGAAUUUUUUUUUUAAAUAAAGGUAUCAGUCCAUACAUCAUGCUAAGCUCUUCCCCUAGUAAAAAAAAAAGAAAGAAAUGGUCCAACGUGCGUUUUGGUGCUCAAUGAUGCACCUUCAUCAGAGAGAAAAAUAGAUCCAGUAUAAAAUGAUAUGAUAAAUAUAUAAAGCAAACAGAAGUAGUAUUCUGAGAAUUCAAAGAAAAACAAGAUAAUGGUGUAAUUCUAGAAUAUUUGACUUUGUCUCCCCAGGGUUCUUGCUCAAAGGACAGAAUGAUGGAUUGUCGCACUAAAAUAAAGCUUUACCUUCUGGGAAUUUCUGAAUAUUGAAAGUCGUAUUUAUUUAUUGUUUGGAACAACCUGUAUUUUUUUUCUGUGCCAGGGUGUGCAUUUACCUAUAAACAUUUAUAUAUUUGAAAUAGAUGACUAGCAGUUAAAGUAAUUCACUUUUCUCUUCACCUUGAAUUUAUUUAAUAACAUGUAACUGUACAUUUGUAUAUGAAAUUACAGAUUUUAUUCUAAAAUCUUUCGUUAUUUUAAUUGCCAGCUUCAUAAUUUCGUAAUAUAGAAAGAACCGGACUACAACGGCUCCACCAGUUAUAUCAAAAUGGAGAGGUCGUCCAAUUUGCAUAACUCCAACAAGGCAAUCACUUAACCCCUGUGGAUUUUUUUAGAUAUGUUCAGAUCCGCGAUUUUGCUAGAAGACCACACAUUAAAAUAGCAGUCUUGGAAAGGCUAACCUUCUAUGAGAGGCUUUGCCUGAAUGGGGCAGCCCCCAAGGGUAUGAUCACGCUUUUAUAGGCCCACCUUAGGCAGAAAAUGGAGAAUGGGGAAGACUGACAUAUACAGAUCAAUGGGAGAUGGACCUCGGGGAGGUCUUGGAGGGAAGUGAGUGGCAGGAGAUAUGGGAGGCGAAUGCCACCGUUUCAAUAUGUGAUACUCUCCAGGAGCAAGCAUGGAAAACCAUGCUUAGGUGGUAUACCACGCCAGUAAAACUAUAUAGAAUGCACAAAAUGGACACUGAUGACUGUUGGAGGGGUUGCGGAGCCCGAGGAGCAUACAUCCACAUGUGGUGGGCCUGCCCGAAGUUAUGUAGCUUCUGGAAGUCCGUGGAGGAUCUUUUGAAACAGACGUUUGACCGUCCCCUGGGUAUGGACCUGUUAAAUAGAUCACUGGACGGAUGGACUAGGAGAGAACAGAAAUUAGUACAUAAGAUAACUCUGAGCGCACGCCGUGCAAUAGCAACUGCAUGGUUCUCACCAGAGGGCCCAGAAUUCCUGGGGGUAAUAUCUAGGAUCAGAGAAUGUAGAAUUAUGGAUGACUUGACAGCGAGGGUAAGAGGGACGACAUCGGUAUUUCAAAAAAUUUGGGAACCAUGGGACAACAGUUUAGUGGUAUUGAGCGGAGACUGAUAGGGCCCUUUUUUUGGGGAGGGGGGGUCAGACCCGAAUUAGAAAGACCCCUCCUUAAGAGGGAUACAAUUAUCGCGCUGUCAUUGCAGGGGUCUCUGCCCUCCCCCCAGCCACCCCUUCUCACCUCUUUGCUCACCCUUGCUUGGCUAUAUAUUUUCUUUCUCUUUCUUUUUCUUAGAAUUUCAUACCUUUUCUGUCUGCUCUGUUUUUGUUCUUCUUUUUUGAUCAUGCUGUCGGUGGAACAAGGUAGCACAUGAGUAAGAUUAGUUAUUGAAUAGAAUGGGCUACUUAUAUCGCCUAAAUGCCUGUCCUUGUUUAAAAUAAAAACCCUCAGUAGACGGCAGGUGCCAAUGGUUUUUAAGGAAUGGGCAUGUAUUGUAAUUGUUGAACUGCAUUAUGUUUCCAAGAAUUGUAUUCAAGUUGGCUUCUGUGUAAGCCCAAAAGUGGUUGUACGCUUGCUAUAUCUAUUGAGUGAAAAAUAAAGAAUAAAAAAAAAAAAUAAUAAUUGCCAGCUUCAUUAUCUGCAAUCUGCCAUGUAUGCUUAAAAACAUCUUCUCCAAUUAUAAGAAACCACGAGGGUUCUUUUUCUUUACAAAGCAGAUAUUUUAACCCAUAGGAUUUUUUUAAAAUUUAAAGUUACUUCUUUUAGUCACAAGUAGUGAAAUAAAAUUAAGUUAGGUCAAUUUAGAAAAUGUUGGACGUGAACAAAGAUUAGGAGAAUCUGUAUAUAAGUAGAUGCACAUUUCUAUGUAUUUAAACAAUUUCAAAGUAUUUAUAAAUAUAUUUAAAGAUAUACGGAUAUGUUGCUGCCUUAAAUCCUGUCCGUUUCUCAAUUUACUUUUAUUUAAAGAAAGAACACUGCAUAAAUUAUAGACGAGCAUCAUGAUAACUUUGCAUCAUUGUAAUGUUGUUAUGGUACAGAGAGUAACAUUGCUCCAGUAGCCAUGCUAGAAUGACUUAGAACUGGAGAGAUCUGAAAAAACCUGCUCCAGCCUAAACAUUGUUUCAAUAAGUGAUAUGAAAGGAAAAAUUCCCCAUUUACUACCCAAAAUGCAUAUAACUGUGCAGCAUUAAUUCUCACUUGUGUGCGUUGCACAUUUGUGUCAUGCGCGAUUUGGAAGGACAUGUCUUCUCUCUUCCCUAUAGCUCUGCUGAUAUUCUCCCUAUUGCGCUAUUGGAGUCCAGUAUGAAUCAGGUGUAAAUGAGGAAUCUGCCACCAGGAAUGAUAGGCAAGAGUUGGGGUUCCUUGGGAGGAGAAAACUGGUGGGAAGUCUGCAGAAAAACAAGAUGCUGGAGAGGAAGAGAAAAUGUAAAAGGAUGGGAAGACAAAGAUACAUGGAAAAAUGUGUGAGAGGGCACACAUGGAGAUGACAGAACUGCAAACAGGUCAAAAGGGAGUAGAUCAUGCCAGUCAUUGGGUUUAUAAUCUUGAAGUUGGAAGGAAGUGGCUGGAGUGAGUGGAGUGGAGUGGAAGCAGUGAAUACUGGACCAUAGCUAUGACUUAUGUUUGACUUUAUGUUUCCAAGUUGCUAAGAUUAAUCUAGUCUGAUUCCACCCGAUGAUGAUUAAAGGACCACUAUAGUGCUAGGAAAACAUACUCGUUUUCCUGGCACUAUUGUGCCCUGAGGGUGCCCCCACCCUCAGGGUCCCCCUCCCGCCGGGCUUGAUGUAGAGGAAGGGGUUAAACUUACCUCUUUCUCCAACGCCGGUCGGGGAGCUCUCCUCCUCCUCUCCUCCCUCUUUUCCUCCUCCUCUGGACGCUGGCAUCUUCUCACUGUAAUUUUCACAGUGAGAAGCACGCAAGCGCCUCUAGCGGCUGUCAAGAGACAGCCACUGGAGGCUGGAUUAACCCUAAUAUAAACAUAGCAGUUUCUCUGAAACUACUAUGUUUAUAAGAAAAAGGGUUUACCCUAGCUGGACCUGGCACCCAGACCACCUCAUUAAGCUGAAGUGGUCUGGGUGCCUAUAGUGGUCCUUUAAUGCGCUCUUUGAUAAGAACACAUUUGAUUCAUUUAUUAAUCGCUAGUACCAUUAUUCUGCUUAAAUGGUCACUAUAAGACAACUUUCAUGAUUGGAUAGCUAAUGGUACAAAGAGCACACUGUGCCUGUUCUGAGCUCUGAGAGUGUCUGAGAUUUGUAAACAAGAUAAUCACUCAGACUGCCAAUCAGGUAGCUGGAAUUCUCUGUUCCAGAUACCGGAUAUCACUUUUGUCCAGGUUCUGCAUGUAGCUUGAGCCUACACAACUUGGGCUGAACUUUCUCUUCAUCCAGGAGAAAGAGUUAAUCAUUGGACCAUAGAUGGGCAGAUUGCAACUCUGUGGGUCAGUACACAUAGGGUGGUUCACUGUGCAUCACUCCUCAUCCUUUGUGAUUGGAUUGCAAUGUACCCCUAAGUUUCAUAGUCUUCACCCUUUUAUUCUAAGUAGUUGAAUGCUUGAAUGAACAGACAAUUACUAAAGCACCUGCAGUAAUGGACAGACAGAAUUUUAAGAGCUGCCAACUAACACGGCAAUGUGUGUCUAUUUUGACGAUUUGACAUUUGUCCACUUCAAAUUAUGAGGUACAAAGUAUUACGGAGAUAUAUAUCCAGGUUUCAGGAAUCUACUGUACAGGAGAUGCAGCUUUUCUGGGAAGUAUCGAUUUGGAAUAAUGACCAGAUCAGACAUGUUAUGGCAUUUUCAAUGUUAUCAGCAGUUAUCUUAGGAAACAGCCCACCCUGCUGAGCUUCCUCUUUCCCAUGCCAGUCCUGGGUUUGUUUGAGAAUGCCACAGGACCAACAUUGGUAAAAAUAGAAAUCUGCAAUGUUUUGAACUUGCGUUUUAAAGUGUUUUUUCAAAAGAGUAGCCAGGUAAAUGGAUAAAGAGAUAAAAAAGAAGUAAACCUAACACAUUAUGUGUGUGUGAAGACACUUAGUCAUAGGUUUGUGACUGAUAGCUAAAGGAUCUUGUUUUCUUUAUUUAGGGUAAGUGAUUACUUUAUGCGAAGAGGUUGGCAGCGCAUUCAUGACAACAAGAGAGAAGAUUAUAGAUUGAAAUGGUGUGAGGCCAAGUGCUCGGCAACGUAUUGUACAUUUCGAGACGGUAAGAGAACAACUUAUAAUAAAUACUUUGAUUACUUACAUAUAGAUUCAAUUAUGCAUUUUAUUAUUUGCAAUAAAAUGAAGAAUGCAUAGACAACUGGCCAAUAAACAGUUAUUGGUGGCGAACUGAUCAGAAGCUAUAACAGUCUAAGGCAAAAGGAAAGGUUUUUUUUUACCGUAAGAACAAUUAGGAUGUGGAAUUCUCUGCCUGUAGAAGUGGUUGUAUCAGAGUUCGUACAAACGUUUAACCCCUUAAGGACACAUGACAUGUGUGACAUGUCAUGAUUCCCUUUUAUUCCAGAAGUUUGGUCCUUAGGGGGUUAAACAGCUACUAGAUGUGUACUUGCAAAAACAUACUUUUCAAUUAUAUAAUUUUUCAACCGUGGGGCAAUAGCUUCUUGAGAACAUCCAGAGAAGGCUGAACUUGAUGGACACAUGUCUCUUUUCAGCCUAUGUAACUAUAUGUAACAGAUAUGUUGUAAAUGUUGUCCAGCUAUGAUUUGGUUCUUUUGUAUUUUACAAGUCUAACAAGGUACAGGCAUCGUUCCUCGGACCUCCCUUUCCAGUUGACAUGUUGUUCUUCCUUUCAGCCUACUUACCACCUAGCUUGUUUGAACAGGGCCCUCUCCAUCUACUGUAAAAUUGCAAAAUACUCUGGAAUGUGUUAGGACUAUUAUAAAAAAAUAUAUAAUCUUAAUAAUAACAAUAAUAAUAAUAAUAAAAAUGAGUUUAUUAUGUUUGAAAUUCUGUUUCCAGCUUAUCAUAAACUACUGUUUAGUGAAAAGGUCACACUCUGACUAAUGUUUCACAAAGGAUCUACUUGGCUAAGAGUGUUAAUGAGAAAUAUCCGAUUAGCAAUUUGUCUUUAAAUCACUUCUAUUCCAACACUGCUGGAAACCUAAUUAAAAUGGGACUUUUCUUAUUAAAAAAGAGAUUUUUUUAUCUACAUCUUUACAUGGAGUGAGCAUGCGAUUUCAUACUUAUCAACAACAUAUAUAACACUUUAUUGCAUAAUGACCUAAAUUCCAGGGAUUAUAAUACAUUUCCUGCUUACAUAUGGAGACUCACCAAGAUUCCAUUAGCAACAUUUUGAAUUGCCCAAUCAUUUGGCGAAAAUAUUCGUUCCACUGGAAACGAUACUGCUCCCUGAUGUCACACUUAUUCUGGGAUGAAAUGUAUAAAGGCACCCAGAGCGGUAAUACCUGUUAUUAUUAUUAAUAUGGUUAAAGCAUCAAGCUAACUGUUAAAUUGGAGGAACUACCCAUAUUCGAACAAAGAGUCUGCAAUGACAUAGUGGCUGAAACUAUUUAAUAUACCGUGCUUUAUGUGAUCUACUUUGCAGUGAAAUGCUUAUUAGAGUAUACCUGCCACCUAGUGGCCAGUUUAAACAUGACAUAUCAAUGGAAAGCCCACUGCAGAUUCAAAUAUUCUCUAGUACAGGGGUAGGCAACCUAAUGUUGUAGACUAUCUCUCCCCUGAGCAUUAUGGCUGUAAGAGCAUUAUUGGAUAUGUAGUCAACAACAUGGUUAUGGUUUGCAUGGUUGCCUACCCAGGCUCUAGUUAGUACUGUCUUAACCUGGUGUGCAAUGCAGAUAUAAUAAGAGGGCAAUUAAAUCAUAUGGUUUUCAUAUACUGUAUAUUUAUUUUGCGCUGCGGAAUAUGUUGGUGCUGUAUGAAUAGCUGUAAAUGCUAUAUAUAUACAUGUCCUGACAUCAUCUAGAGAGCUUAAUUCUGGUACAUGCUAUACUGGUUUUAUUUAUCACGAUAAUAAUACAAAUAAAUAUAAUGGUAUUAAUAAACAUAUUUAAAUGAUGAUCAUUUUAUAUACUCAGAAAUUGUUUACAUUAUUUUGGUUAUAUUAAAGGGACAAUAUAGGCACUCAGAUAACUUGAUCUCAAUGAAGUGUUGUGGGUGAAGUGCGCCUGUCAUUUUUGCCCUUAAUGUAAAACAUUGCCAUUUAGUAGAUAUGUUCCGUAGACCUUUUCAUUGCAGAGCUGACUCCCUGACAGCCACUGCAGGUUCUUUCCUCUGUGAGAAUUGAGUCAGACUUAGUUCUCAAACAUAACCUCCAUUGAUAGCUCUCAUCAAGAGCAUUUGAUUGGAGGAGUGUGGCGAUUGCCGCACAUAUGGUACUCAUCCCCAGUGCUUCUGUGAGAAGAACUGGAUUGGACGAGAAGAUGAAGAAUCAACACAUGUGGUAAGAGCAGGUGGCUGCACUGAGUAAGUUGUGGAACCGGAAAAACCGCGGCACGCCUAUGUAUAUUGAGACCGGCAGGGGAGAUCUCAGGAUCUCCCCUGUCGGCUCAUGCAGAGCCGGCGCUAUCUGAGAGCCGGCUCUGCUCUCAGCCUCCCUCCCCACUGACCCACAUGCAGGGAGGGAGGCAGGAGAGGACCCGGCGGAGCUAUUGCCGGCAGCUCCGCCGGGUUCCUUCACGGCAAUGCUCAAAUCUCUCUCCACUCACCACUGGAUGGAAUCAGCAGCACGAUCCCCCCUCCCUACAAAAGGUAAGAAGGGAGGGGGGAUAGCAAGUAAUGUACCCCCCAACUCCACCACCAACUAACAGGACACACACAUACAGCACCCACAGACAUACAGCACCCACACAGCACCCACACACAUACAGCACCCACACACAUACAGCACCCACAGACAUACACAGCGCCCACAGACAUACACAGCACCCACAGACAUACAGCACCCACACACAUACAGCACCCACACACAUACAGCACCCACACAUACAGCACCCACAGACAUACCACAGACAUACAGACAUACAGCACCCACACACAUACAGCACCCACACACAUACAGCACCCACAGACAUACACAGCACCCACAGACAUACUGCACCCACAGACAUACACAGCACCCACACACAUACAGCAACCACAGACAUACAGCACCACAGACAUACACAGCACCCACACACAUUCAGCACCCACAGACAUACAGCACCCACAGAUACAGCACCCACAGACAUACACAGCACACACACAUACAGCACACACACAUUCAGCACACACACAUUCAGCACACACACAUUCAGCACCCACAUACAGCACUCACAGACAUACACAGCACCAACAGACAUACAGCACCCAUACAGCACCCACAGACAUACACAGCACCCACAGACAUACACAGCACCCACAGACAUACACAGCACCCACAGACAUACAGCACCCACACAUACAGCACCCACGGACAUACACAGCACCCACAGACAUACAGCACCCACAGACAUACAGCACACAUACAGCACCCACAGACAUGCACAGCACCCACAGACAUACACACCCACACAGCACCCACAGACAUACAGCACCCACAGACAUACAGCACCACACACACAUUCAACACCCACAGACAUUCAGCACCCACAGACAUACACAUAACCCAGACACAUACAGCACCCACACACACAUACACACAGCACCCACAGACAUACACAGCACCCACACACAUACACAGAAACACACACAUACAGCACCCACAGACAUACACAGCACCCACACACAUACAGCACCCACAUACAUACAUAACCCACAGACAUACAGCACCCACAGACAUACAGCACCUACAGACAUACACAGCACCCACACACAUACAGCACCCACACACAUACAGCACCCAUACACAGCACCCACAGACACACAUACAGCACCCACAGACAUACACAGCAACUCCACAGACAUACACAGCACCCACACACAUACACAGCACCCACACACAUUCAGCACCCAUGGUGACAUACACAGCACCCACACACAUACAGCACCCACACACAUACAGCACCCACACACAUACAGCACCCACAGACAUACAGCACCCACAUACAUUCAGCACCCACAGACAUACAGCACCCACAGACAUACACAGCACCCACACAUAUACAGCACCCACAGACAUACACAGCACCCACACACAUACAGCACCACAGACACAGCACCCACAGACAUGCACAGCAGCCACACACAUACAGCACCCACAGACAUACACAGCACCAAUACACAUACAGCACCCACACACACAUACAGCACCAUCACAAACACACACAGCACCCUCACACACAGCACACAAACAGCACCCUCACACACACACAGCACACUAACAGUACCCUCACAAACACAAACAGGACCCUAACAAACACACACACAGCACACUACCAGUACCCUCACACACAAACAGCACCCUCACACACAGUACAUUAACAGCACCCUCACAAGCACGCACACACAAACACCCUCACCCACAUAGCACACUACCAGCACCGUCACACACACAUCACACUAACAGCACCCUCACACAGCACACACACACAGACAGCAGUGUGUGUAUGUGUGUAUAUAUGUGUAUGUAUAUAUAUAUAUAUAUAUAUAUAUACACAUAUGUAUAUAUAUAUAUAUAUAUAUAUAUACAUACAUACAUAUAUAUAUAUAUGCGGCGUGUGUUGUGCUUUAGGGUGCACACCCUAAUGCAAUAGGCUGCGCACGCCUAUGCACAGAUCACUCACAGAAACAGAGCCCAGGGCUCUAGGAGGGGACCCCAUUCUGGAACCCUGUCUAGGGCCUACAAUGCAAUACAAUACAGGCUACUGUGGUACUUGAAUCUAUAAAUGGCCCCUAAUUAAAACAGAAACGGACAAAAAUUGCAGCUUAAUAAUUUGGCAAUGCAAUCAAUAAUGAUCUAACUGGACUGGGUUCUAACUGCAGUAUCUCAGAAUCACGGGUUUCAUUCCUGCCAGGGCCAGCUGAAUUUCUUUUAUCCUUCAAUAGAGGUUGAUAAUAUUAGAACCAUUGAGAAGUGUAAUGAUAACAUCUAUACUCCAGGGUGUACUUGAAAACAAAAUUUAUAUUUUCUGGUUAAAUACAUUGACGUUAUUAAAAGCUAUUUUAUGAUUUAUAACUUACUGUCUCUUUGUGUUUUUAAGGUGAGCAAUUGGUAUACCAAAUACCUAAUAAUAAACUCCUGACUACAAAAAUUGGCCUCUUAAAUAGCCUGAGAGAGUAUGAAAGAGUUAUGAUCAAGAUCAGCAAGCUCGGGAACCCUCGGUGAGUACAUAUUGCACAAGGACUCUGCCCUACAUGGGAACAUGUAUUAUAGACAAAUGCAGUUAUACAACUUUUCUCUUUGCAUACAUGAAAUAAAGAGUAAAAAAUAUAUAUAAGCAAUUGCAUUUGCUUAUACAUUGAUCAAAUUAAAAAAGGCAGACAUACAUAUUAAUGAGAUCAUUAAAUAUCACAUUGCAGCUUAUCCUUAAGUGCUUACUCAUAAGUGCAGUUCUUUAUCCAUACAAUUAUAUAAAUCUAUGGUCUACAACUGUGCUCUGAAUGGGAGUUUUACAGAAAUAAUUGCCCUUAAGUUUUAAAAGGAUAUGAGUUAUUUUGCUGACCGGGUUAUUCAUUAAAGGGCGACUUAUCGAGAAUUUUAGACCAAACUAAUUGAAAUUAAAUUGUAGGUGAAUUGAAGAAUUGUUCCUUUUUGGAUAUUUAACUUUGAACACCUGUCAAAUCCAACAUUAUUGAGUAACACUGUAAGUAUUAGAUAGCAUGGAACAGUGUCAAAUAUGCAGAAAGUAUAGGAAAAUAUGUACACAUAUUAGUAUUAUUUAUUUAUACAGACCAACAAAUUCUGCAUUGACACUAUAUUUAAAAGGAUCAAUAUUUUGUUUGACAGAUGGAAAUCAAUAUGUCCACAAGCUUAUGAUGUAGAUGACAAAUAUAAAGGUAUUGUGCUUUUUUUGCAUUUUAAUCACAUCAUAUCUAUCUUGCCCCUGGUCAGGAUCCUCAGAAUAGACGAUUUUUUCCCUGAAACUUUUCGUAUGGAUAUUGCAACUGAGAGAGACACAUUCUUUUCUCUUAAUGAAGGUGAGAACUCUUACUUCUACUGAGAGACUGCCUUCCAAAAAUAUGUUCUACCAACCAGGGAAGUAACAAAACUGCAGGGAGUGUGAUGUUCAUAAUUUCCCUCUACUGGACACAUCACCUCCCAUUUUUGUCAAAUUCUAUUGUUAAAUUUAGUAAAAUAAGAAUAAUUAAUAACGUGCAUUAUGAACGAUGUGACUGUGGCUUUGUAAUUUUGUUUAACAUACACAAAUGCAAAAAUAUUGUAUUACCUUAUUACUGCAUGUAUCAGGGAACACCAAGUAACUAUAUGACAAAGCACAAUGAAACUAGUGCAAUUUAUAUUCUCAUAGCAGCCACGUUAGUCAAACCAUGUUAUUGGAAAACUGUCACUGUUCCAUCGGUUGGGGAGGUUAUCUCAUUAGUAAUAGAAAAUAAAAGCUACAAACUAGCUACUAGGUCAUUUACUCCUUACCUGGUGGCAUUGAAUAGGGAUUGAAUGACGUCGGAGACCUUCAAUCCUUACCAUUAUCAUCAGGAUGAAAGAUAAAUCUACAGUCACAAUAAUCUAGCGGGGGGAGAGAUUGUUUGUAAGACAAGUGGCACAAAUUUUUCUUUGUUGGCACAGAUCUUAAAUUUUAAAUAUAUCUAUAUUGCCCACACCAAGACCAUAAUUUUAAAUGCUGGUGGUAUCUCUGAGAAACUACUUUCAAAAAAAAUGACAUCAGUAUCCUUUAAAAUACCUGUUAGUUGAGUAUUUGCAUGUUUUUUUUUUUUAUUUGUCACUCAUACAUUAUGUAACAGCUCCCAUGUCAAUUCCUCAGUAAGACUGUGUCAUCUCCUAAAGGUUAUAUCCCUAGACCCCACACAUGGUUUAGUUGUAGCAGUUUACCUGUUUUUAUUUUUGCUGAAUUGCUUUGAUAGCUGUAAACCAGUGCUUUUCCAAGAUAUAUCCUUUAGGAAUUAUCUGGAUUUUCCUUCUAACCACAAAUCUGGUUCCUGACUUCUUGUGUAGUGUUUUUUGUAAAAUAAAGGUUCAAACUGAAAUCCAGCAUUGUAACCCAAGAAUUUAUCAACUGCAAUAUUUUUCCAUUGUCUAGAAAGUCAAACAUGGAUCUGCAAACCCACUGGUCUGAACCAAGGACGGGGAAUUUUUUUGUUAAAAACUCCUGAGCAAAUCAAAGACCUACGAUGCCAACUGCAAGCCAUGGACGAUGACAACAAAAAGGCUCCACACAAGGGUCCACAAGCCAGAAUCGUGCAGAGGUAAAAUACACAAGUGUGAUGCUGAUUGCUUUCUACAAUUCAAAGAGACACUCUAAGCAACAUAAGUAAUGGUUAAGUUAUUAAUAGUCAAAAUUUUAAUUCAGUGUGAUGUCUUAUGACUAUUGCUGAGCUGCAUAAUUUUGAAAAAGUCUACAACUCAGCUAUAGUCAUGGCUUGGCAGUCUUAAACCAGGGUUAAUUUUGAUGGCAAAUUUCAAUCUAGUUUUAGUCUUUUGACUAAAAAGCCAUUUUAGUCAUACGUUAGUCAUCGGAAUAGUUAUAGUCAACUAAAUCUUCACUAGAUUUUAGUUGACAAAACUAAAAUCUUAUGGGUUUAGUUAAAGCCUCUAUCUUUCUAUUUUGCCCCUUCCCCAGCCUCUCUGUGUCUCUUUGUGACCCCAAAGCCCUUUGGGUGUCUCUCUCCAAUGCCCCAGUCUCUCUCUUUUGCCCAUUCCUCAGCCCCUCCUUAUCCCUCCCCCAAGCUCCUGUCUGUUUUGUCCUUUCCCCAGCUCCUCUGUAGCUCUUUUUCCUCCCAGCCCUCUGUGUGUCUCUUUCUCUCCACAGACUAAUUUGUGUGUGUCUUCCUCUCAGCACAUUGUAUUUUUCUCCCCCAGGCCCUCCAUGUUGCUUUGUGUGUGUCCCCAGCACCUUUGUGUCUCUCAUCUCCCCCAGUGUGUCUCAUUCCCCCAGUCCCCCAUGUGUCUCAAUUCCUCCACCCAGGCACACCACGUGUGUCAUUCCACCAAAGCCCCUCUUUGCGCUCAUUCUCUCCUAGUGCCUCCAUGUGUCUCAUUCUCCCUGCCCUCUCAUGUAUCUCAUUCUCCCAGCCCCCAAUGUGUCUCAUUUCCCCAGCUCCCUCAUGUGUCUCAUUCUUCCAGCUCUCUCAUGUGUCCCAAUCCCCCAGUCUUCCAGGUGUCUCAUUUCCCCAGCUCUCUCAUGUGUCUCAAUCCUCCCGUCUUUCAUCUGUCUCAUUUCCUCUCCUUUUGGCGGCAAAUUUCCAUUUAGUUUUAGUCAUAGUAUUUUGACUAAAAAAGCCAUUUUAGUUUUUGCCGUAUUUUAGUGAUCUGAAUUGUUUUAGUUGACCAAAACGACAACAUUUUAAAUAUGUUAAAAAAAUUGUUAGUCGAUGAAAUUAACACUGGUCUUACCCAAUAAUUUUGUUAUUUAGGCUUUCGUUUAGUACAAAUCUUAGUUUAGUAAAUAGCCCACUCUGUGUGCUAACUACUUGCAUAUACAGGGUUAUUCAGUAAAGUGAGAAUUGCUGGGAAUAUAAAACAAAUUCAAAUUUAAUGUCAAGGCAUCUAUACUAGAAGAAUAGUUUAACUAUUUGGGCCUUAAAGUGGCACUGUCUUGGCUGCAUCCAUUUUUUUUAACCCCCAAUAGUGCCCCUAGUCACUCCCAAAUGGCCUUUGGCCCCCCAAUUUACCUUUUUUUUAAUAACUUUAUUUUAUGCCCGGACUUAGGUCCUGGGUGCCACCUUCUUUGUGUGGGCAGAUGAAGUCCCUGUGAGACACGUCAUCUGCCCACACUAGAUAGCGCUAUGAAUUUCUCAUGCAUGCCCAGUUAAACACUGGGGCAUUCGGAUGGGAAUUUCUUCAAUUCAUUAAUUCGUCAGAAAUACGAAUAAAUGAAUAGACAUUUCAAACGAAUGAACGAAUACCUCUUAGUUUGUUUGUUUAGUUUAUUACAAGGAGGGAGCUACCGGCUCGCAGCUCCCUCCUUGUCAUAUGUAAAAAUAGAAGCAGCAGGGAGCAGUGCUCGCCACCACUUCCUUACUCCCCCCAUGCCCUCCCUCACUCUAUGGGGGUUAAGAUGACCCCAAAAUUAGCAUAAGGGAGAUUAAAGUCUUCCGAAUGCCCCUACUCGCUAUACUGUGAGUACCUAUUGUCCUCCAACCAGCCCACCCAUAUUGGCGACAGGUGGGAGCUAAAUGUAAAAAAUCACCCUACCCCACAGGUGACUAGAGAAUCCAAAAGCCCCUAGUCACCCCCACCCUAAUAAAAUUAAACACUACCUACCCCCUCACCCUAAAAAUAAUAUCUGUAAAUAAAAAAAAAAACCACACCAUUAGAUGUCUUCUUUUUUCUUAAACCUUCUUUUUUCAGCCCCAAAAAAGGCCAAAUAAAAAUGGAUGUGGACUUGGGGGCGGACAAUAGGUCCCCCUCCUUUGUUACUUAGGGCCCUCACUCGCCGCUCAUGGGAGGGAGUGGGGGGAAAUAUUAGGUCCCCCCCGUUUUGCUACUUUGGUGCCCCCUCUCACCGCUCAUGGGUGGGGGCUGCAGAGGGGGAGUCAAUAGGUCCCCCCCUCCUCUUGUUACUUUUGCUACUUAAAACUCCCUUAUUCACUUAUACUAAGUAAUCUUUACUUAGUGUUAGUAAAUAUGGCUAAAAGACCAAUUUAGGUCUUUCACCCUUUUAGUAGAUAGCUCCCUAAUACUGUGGGAAUUAGGGAGCUAUCUACUCGCGGCACAAAAAGAUUGGCAUUUGAUUCAUUCGAAUGAAAUUCUGAACCGAACAAAAGUACAGAAUUACAUCCUAACAUGAAUGAACAAAUUGUUCAGUAGUUUCGCCGGCGUCCUGUCCAUGUGACAAGACGUUCGGGAAUAGUGAAAGCAGGCAAUGGAAAAGUGGGUCUGAGCUGGUCAGGCGUAGGAAAAAUACAUAUGACAAAGUAGUCCCUACUUUGUCUUAUGUUUUAAAGUAAACUAGAGCAGACAGGAAGAAAAGAAGAAAAGAUCCCAAGAGAGGGAGAGAAGAGGAAGCAGUUAGGGAAAGGUUAUGACAGUGCUGCUUUAAAUUCGAAAUUCACUUUGAAUUCACAUUGAAUAUCUGACAAUUUUCACUUUUUUGAAUAACCCUGUAAAAUGUGAUGUCUGGUAUAUACCCAGGAUUUGCACAUUUUAGACAAAAAUCCAGAUUGAAAAAAUUCAGUUAUAUUACCAGUCCGGCUCUUUGAACUAAAAUUUUAAAUUCUGUGAUACAUUCCAUACAUCUCACAGUUUAGUUAAUAAUAAAGUCAGUGUCAGUGGUUUUUAUUCCACUAAACACAAGAUUGCUGACAUGGACAAAAUCUUCAACUCUGCUAGAGAGACUGCUUACUUAGCCAAAAUUCUGCAAUAAAGGUUUUAAUGUAUCACAUUAAAGUGGUUUCUAUUUUUUAUUCUUUAUUUACAAACCCAAUUUUUUCCAACUUUAGUGUUCAUAAUGAAGAGUUCAGGAAAUAUUCUACAUUUUUCUAAAGUUCCUGGUGUUUUCCCCAGACUUUCCAUGGACAUCUAUUUAUUUUUUAAUGAAGGUUAACAUUUAUACUAUUCACCCGAGAUACUUAGGAACAGUGUGGCUUUAAGCCCUUAAGGAUCAAACUUCUGGAAUAAAAGGGAAUCAUGACAUGUCACACAUUUCAUGUGUCCUCAAGGGGUUAAACAUCCAUUCAGGAAUCCUUAAUUUAUUUCUCAUUACAGACAAGUUAAAAUUCAACUACCUCGGAAGCAAAAAAUAACAAACUUGUUACAAUCCAUUAAUAGCUAAUUGUUUGAAUAGAGUAAUGCUCACGUUUCAUCUAAACUAUUUAUUACUUUCAGUUUUUUGUAAUACUUGUAUUUCUAUUAAUUUAUCUAAUUAAAGGAACGUUUCAUACACAGAAGCACCUGAACUUGCUGAAGUGCUUUAUGUGUGAAGAGUGUGUUAACAUUUUACAAAAAGUGCAGAUUUCAAUAGAAAUUGGCACUUUUAUAAAAUAACCUUGUUACACCCCCUUGGCUUUCAUUUAGACAACCGGCCCUCUACAUCUUGGUUUGAUUAGCUCAGUGGAACUAAACUCAAGAGACAGGCAAUUGCUCAGAGCACCUGCCUUGCAAAGACUUCUUAUUAAACUGCAUUGGAAAGUCUGUGAAUGGACAGCCACAAAAAAAUCUGGGCUGGGCUAGAAGUGGAGGGCUUGCAAAGGAUGCAUACCAGAGAUCGGCAGCUUUUGCAAGCUGUUUUUGCAUUAACAUUGAGUGGAAAAAAAUGCACAAUUAAAUGCAUGCAUGUUUUCAUUGGGAGUGAGUCUAUUAAACAAUUAUUAUUAUUUUAUUAUUUAUAUAGCGCCAUCAGAUUCCGUAGCGCUGUACAAUGGGUGGACUAACAGACAUGUAAUUGUAACCAGAGAACUGGACGUACAGGAACAGAGAGGUGGAGGGCCAUGCUCAAUGAGGUGUUUUUUUUACAUUAAAAAAAAUAUAUAUAUUUGGGCAGUGUAGUGUCCCUUUAAGGUUUAUGUUUAGCAUCCAUGUCUCCAUGCAAAGAUGAUAAUUUCAGGUACUCUAGGACAAACACUUUUAACUAUUUUAUCUAUGCUUAUUAUACCUUCAUUAUACUGUAAAAAAUAAUCAAGUACUUGUGCUGAUAAUUUUAAGUAAAUUAUACAUACAUCUUCCAAAUCUAUGAGAACAAUAAUAACUUGCCCAAGCAGAGCAGAAAGCAUUUUGCUUUUUGUUAGAGCUCCAUCUAGUGGCAUAUUUUUAUUACACUGGAAGAUUAACAAAAGUUUAUUAAAUAGCUGAAGUUUUACAUACUUUUUCUAAGUUCUCAGAUUUUCAUUUAACCCCUUAAAGGACCACUAUAGUGCCAGGAAAACAUACUCGUUUUCCUAGCACUAUAGUGCCCUGAGGGUGCCCCCACCCUCAGGAUCCCCCUCCCGCCGGGUUCUGGGGAGAGGAAGGGGGUUAAAAAUUACCUUUUUCCAGCGCCGGGCGGGGAGCUCUCCUUCCCCGAUCCUCCUCUUCUCCUCCCAUUCAGCUGCGCGCGCAUUCAGCCGGUCUCAUAGGAAAGCAUUUACAAUGCUUUUCUAUGGACGCUGGCGUCUUCUCACUGUGAUUUUCACAGUGAGAAUCACGCAAGCACCUCUAGCGGCUGUCAAUGAGACAGCCACUAGAGGAAUUGGAGGAAGGAUUAACCCAUUUACAAACAUAGCAGUUUCUCUGAAACUGCUAUGUUUAUAAAAAAAUGGGUUAACCCUAGCUGGACCAGGCACCCAGACCACUUCAUUAAGCUAAAGUGGUUUGGGUGCCUAGAGUGGUCCUUUAAGGACACAUGACGGAAAUAUUCCGUCAUGAAUCCCUUUUAUUCCAGAAGUUGUAUCUUUAAGGGGUUAAGUUAAACCACCAUCUGGAUUGUAGGCACAAACAAUUGUAUCAUAAGGGAAAUGUCUCACACUUAUAUAUAUAUUUUUGGGGAUAUCGUACCAUCACAAAACUUAUUUUGGAUGUCUGCUUUUACAUAUUCAAUAUUUGUGACCAAAUAUGUGGAUUUAAAAAAAAAAAAACUAAGCAUAACUGGUUAUUAUAUUAUAUCUUCACCACCACACAUGCAGAGAGAAUUAGGAGAGGCUUCCCGUCCCCUCCACGCUCCCCCUCCCCUCCAUGCUCCCCCUGUUUAGCAGUGGUAUCUAAUGGACCUCAUUUAUUUUUGUACAUUUACUUUUUUACAACUUCAAAGAAAGAUGAAAUAACAGAUUGGAUCUCUGAGGUUUACCGAAUUUUGUUCAGUUUGCAGAAUUUCCGUAUAUCAAAAUUGAAUCAAAAGGGCAUUAAAAUUGACCAAUCAUUGUACUUAAAAAUAUAUACAUCAUCAUUUUAUGUGUAGUAUCAUGUUAUGUGUGUAUUUUGCAGUACACUGACAGGAGCAUUUUCCUGUCAUUUAGUUCACAGAUCAAGUAAAGAAAUUUAUGUAAUAACAGGAGGAGCAUUAAAAAAAAUCUUGAUAUAUUAUAUAUUUAUUUAAAGGAUCACUAUAGUGUCAGGAAAACAAACCCGUUAAAACCCCUUCAGCAGCUUACCUUAAUCCAGUGCCGGGCUCCUUCGGCGCUGGUGACCUCUCCUUCCCUGACGACGUCAGCUCCCGAGUGGAGCCAAAUGUGCAUGCGCGGCAAGAGCCACGCUCAUUCAAACAGUCCAAAGAAAAGUAUUUCUCAAUUUCUCGAAUUUCGCAUCCAGCGUUGCAGAUGCGCCUCUAGCAGCUGUCAGGAGGUUGGAUUAACCCUGCUAUGUAAACAUAGCAGUUUCUCUGAAGGGUGAAGGGUUAAAACCUGAGGGACCUGGCACCCAGACCACUUUAUUGAGUUUAAGUGGUCUGGGUGACUAUAGUGUCCCUUUAAUAUAUAAUACAUAAAUAUAGAUUUUUUUCUCUCUAUUGCUCACUUCUUAUUUAGUGACUGUUCCCUAGCCAUCAAUUAUCUUUUUUUCCUUUUAUCAAUCUCUUUUUUUGGUGCCACGGGCCAAAUUCAGAAUCACAAAUCAAAUUGAACAUGCUUGGCUAUUGUGUAUUUCGGUUGGAUCGAGAGUGGGGUAAAUUUCAGCUUGGAGUUCAGAAAUUUGAUGGAUCAUCUGAUCGUAUCAAAUUCUGACGAACUGCAGUUCAGACUAAAAUGAAUGUCUAGGUCUAUUGAGCUCUGUGUGUUUAAAACACUAUAAAAUGCCCGAAAUGUACACAGUUACAGAUUAAACAUUUUUUGUUUUUGUCUAAAAAGAAUGUGGGAAUCUCUGAUCUUUUUUAUACUUUCACAGCUCCACAUGAUAAAUAUUUGUCUCUGGUAACUCUGUGUCUUUGAUGGGAUAAUGUGAAUAGACAGGCAUAGAAAGCUCCACUUACUCAGUGAGUAACAGGGUUAUAUAUAAUUUCAUGUACAGCUGUUUUAAAAUCAUUUGCUUUUUCAUUUGUUGCCUGUCCGAGCUCCAGUUUACCUAACGUCAGGGGCGUUUUAGCCACGAGGCAAACAAGGCAUUUGCCUUGGGCGGCAUUUUUCAGGGGCCGCCCCCAAAUGCCCAGGGCAAAUGCCUUGUUAGCCUCGCGGCUAACAGACAUGCUGUGCGGGCGGCUGGCGAGGGAGCUCUUCCCCUGAGCGGUCUGCUCAGCUCCCUCGCGCGCUGCAGAGUGAGGCUGGGAGCCGGAAGAUGACGUUAUAUUCCGACUCCCAGCCUCACUCUGCGGCGCGCGAGGGAGCUGAGCAGACCGCUCAGAGGAAGUGCUCCCUCGCCAGCCGCCCACCCAGCCCGGCAACCACUGGACCCCCAGGGAGGUAAUGAACCCCUCCCCGCCCAGCAAUCCCAAAGGUAAGGAGGUUGGGGGAGGUGGGGUAAAUAAAAAAAUAAAUAAAAAUGUGUUAAUGUGAGUGUGUGUGUGUCUGACUGUGUGAGUGAGUGUGUGUCUGACUGUGUGUGUCUGUUAGUGUGCAUGUGUGUGUCUGACUGUGUGUCAGUGAGUGUGUGUUUGCCUGUGAGUGUGUGUGUGUGUGUCUGUUAGUGUGUGUGUGUGUGUCUCUUAGUGUGUGUGUGUGUCUGUUAGUGUGUGUGUCUGACUGUGUGUGUGUCUGUUAGUGUGAGUGUGUUUGCCUGUGAGUGUGUGUGUCAGUGAGUGUGUGUCUGUUAAUGUGUGUGUGUUUGUUAGUGUGUGUGUGUGUGAGUUUGUGUGUGUCUGCUAGUGUGUGUCUGCUAGUGAGUGUGUGUGUGUCUGUUAGUGUGUGUGUGUGUGUGUGUGUCUGUUAGUGUGUGUGUCUGUUAGUGUGGUGUGUUUGCCUGUGAGUGUGUGUGUCAGUGAGUGUGUGUCUGUUAAUGUGUGUGUGUGUUUGUUAGUGUGUGUGUGAGUUUGUGUGUGUCUGCUAGUGUGUGUCUGCUAGUGAGUGAGUGUGUGUGUGUCUGUUAGUGUGUAUGUGUGUGUCUGACUGUGUGUCAGUGAGUGUGUGUGUGUCUGCUAGUGAGUGUGUGUGUCUGACUGUGUGUCUGUUAGUGUAAGUGUGUUUACCUGUGUGUGUCUGUUAGUGAGUGUGAGUGUGUCUGUUAGUGUGUGUGUGUGUUUCUGUUAGUGAGUGUAUGCGUAUCUGUCAGUGAAUGUGUGUGUGUGUAUUUAGAAGGCGGGGCGGGGGAAAGGGUUGGGGGGGGGGCUGCCCAGGGCAGCACAAAACCAGGAUACACCACUGCCUAAUGUCAUCUGCAAACGAUGUUAUACCUCUUACAAACUAUAUUGUAAGAACAAAUUACAAUUUUUUUUCCCUAUCCUUACCUUUUGUGUCACUAUACCCCACUCCCUCUAGCAUGUAAGCUCAUUGAGCAGGGCCCUCAAUCCCUCUGUUACUGUGUCACUAUACCCCACUCCCUCUAGCAUGUAAGCUCAUUGAGCAGGGCCCUCAACUCCUCUGUUCCUAUGCAUCCAACAUGUCCGGUUACAAAUACAUAUCUGUUAGUCCACCCAUUGUCCAACGCUGCAGAAUUUGUUAGCGCUUUAUAAAUAAUAAUAAUAAUAAUGUACAAAAACAGAUAUAUUGAUAUCAAAGUCUAUCAAAUUCAUGUUUAAAUUAAUUGUCGUGAUUUUUUAUUAUCUUUACAGGUAUAUACCCAACCCUUUGCUUUUGGAUGGACGAAAGUUUGAUGUUCGUUCUUACUUACUCAUUGCAUCCACUGUCCCUUACUUUGUAUUCUUUUGCCAUGGUUACGUGCGUCUUACAUGUAAUCACUAUGAUCCUAAGUCUGAUGACCUCACAGGUCACCUGACCAACCAGGUAUAUCUUAUUAGUGUCGCUUACAACCUUUGCAAAAUAGAUCAACUAUGCUUGUCAAUGUCUAACUGAGUUAUUCACUAAAGUAAGUUUUUCAGGAAUUCAAAGUGAAUUUCAAAUUUAGGGAAAAGGUACUGGAAGCAUGGCUAAUUUGGAGAAUUUUCUAGUUCGCCAAUUCUGGCCUUCAAUUUCAAAUUCACUUUGAAUUCCUGACAAUUCUUAUGUAAGAGAAUAAUCCUGUUAAUGUGAAUAUCCAGAAAUAUAUAUAUAUUUUUUUGAAAAGAUUGUCCAUAUGAAUAGAAAAUAUACAAAAAAUGUAAUUAGACAACAAACUAUUAAUUCACCCAUCAUUUUUAUAUUUGUAUUGAUCAAACAAUUAAAAUCGUGCUAAAGAGAACUGACAAUAUAUAUCAUUUACUAUUCUGUCUGUAACAUCAGGUGGGUUUCCUAUAAGAUCGUAACAAGCUUUUCUUUAUACGCAUUUGCCCCAGUACAUGCAAAAGAAGAACCCUUUGUACAGUGAACUUAAGGAAGAAACUGUGUGGUCAAUGGACAGAUUUAAUACUUAUGUGAAUGAAAUUGCUUCCGAUAAAGGCCUACCUCAAGACUGGGUGCUGAAUGUAUUCACGGUGAGGAAACAACCCCUGAGUAACAUGCACAUGCAAACAGUGGUUCAGCAGUACAUCAUUUUUACCUACCCAUUGAUUACAACAGUAUAGAAAGAUAGAAUGAGACGGCAGAUAAGAACUAUUUGUAGCGGACCAUGCGUAUCCCGGCCGGUUACCUCCGCUAAUUCCUUCCUUCAGCCUCUCUGGAACCCUUAAAACAAGCAGGCAUCCCUUCCCCCCCAGUAACCGGACGACACACAGUUCUGGGUGUACAACUCACUGAGUUUUAUUGGAACACAUACAGCUUUUAUGCCCAGUCCCCUACAUGGGGUUUACAAUACAAGAUAACAGGGGUUUCAAUCCCAGGAUCCUCUACAGAAAAAUAUACAAUAUUCUGAGACACUCCAAAAAUACAUUUUCAAAAGGGACCAAUUUGAAUUGGGGGCAGACAGUUUACAACAUGGAUUGAUCCUUUGAUUAAUCAAAGGCUCUGUCUAGUUCCAAUGUAAACUAACUGUCUCUAGCCAUAUGGCCUGUACCUCUUAAUUGAUGAGUUAAUUUCUUUGAAAUGUUAAUGAUCAUUAGCCUUCCAGAAUUGCAUUGUUCGAUAGCAUUCCAUAUCACAGUAGGCUCUGCAUUACAUAGUAUCACACUGUGCCGUAUUAUAGCAUUCACUACCACUCUAUAUCACACUAUAUGAUAAUAUUCUGUAUCAUCCUGUACCACUCUGUAUUUCACUAUAUUGUAGCAUACUGCAUCACACUGUAUUAUAGCAUACUGUAUCACACUGUAUUGCAGCACUCUAUAUUAUAGCUGAGUUCCAGUAUCAUAUCCCAAAGAGACACCAACACUUACCCACAGAUUAAUAACUAAGCCUCAUUUCUAUUGCAUUCAGAAUGGGACAAGCACAAUCUUCUAAUCAGCCCAAACAUAAUUUGAGAACAAAGGGGACACAAGUGGGCAUGGUACCUUCACACUAUUCGACCCAUCUAGUCAGCCCAAUUUUCAUUAUUUCUUGGCCUUAUCUUAUAGCUUGGAUAGCAUAAUGCCUACCUGACCCACGUUUAAACUCCCUCACUGUGUUAACCUCUACCACUUCAGCUGGAAGGAUUUUCCAUGCAUCCACUACCCUCUCAGUAAAGUAAUACUUCCUGAUAUUAUUUUUAAACCUUUGCCCCUCUAAUUUAAUACGAUGUCCUCUUGUUGUGUCAGUUUUUCUUUUAAAUAUGCUCUUCUCCUUUACUAUGUUGUCCCUUUAUGUAUUUACAUGUUUCUAUUAUAUACCCCCGCCUCGUCUUUCCUCCAAGCUAUACAUGUUAAGAUCCUUUAACCUUUCCUUGUAAGUUUUUUCCCUCCAAACUAUGAACAAGUUUAGUGACCCUUCUUUAACGACCUCUCAUUAUAUAUCUAUAUGUUUGGUGGUCGAUCCAUCCUCCAUCCACUUAUCCAUCCACCUACUAACUCAUUUAUCCAUCCAUUCAUCCAUCUAUCCAAUGAUCCAUUUCUCCAUCGAUUCAUCCAUCCACCCACCCACCCACCCACACACUCACUUAUCCAUCCAUCCAUUUUCAAUCCUCUCAUCCAUCCACUCGCUCAUUUAUCGAUCCUUCCAUCCACCGAUUUCUACAUCCACUCAUCCAUUCACCUACUCACUCAUUUAUCCAACCAUCCAUUCAUCCAUCCACCAAUUUCUCCAUCCAUCCAGCCAUUCAUCCACCCUCCCUCCCUCCAUUCAUCCACCAUCCAUUCAUCCACCAUCCAUCCAUCCGCCAUCCAUCCAUCCAUCCACCCAUCCAUCCAUCCAUCCAUCCAUCCAUUCAUCCACCAUCCAUUCACCAUCCAUCCAUCCUCCAUCCAUCCAUCCACCAUCCAUCCACCAUCCAUCCAUUCAUCCACCAUCUGUCCAUCCAUCUAUCUAUCUAGCCAUCCCUUUUUCUCUCUUCGCAUUGUUUUAUAUUUUUUUGCAUGUCUUCCUGUCUGUUUAUAUGGAUAUAUAGAAUAUCUAUUUAUCGGUCUCUCAGGUUUUUAUCCAUGCUACCUCCAAUGGUUAAUUUCCUUUUGCAAGAUUCUAAAUAUAGUUUAGUAUCUUUGCCUGUGUGUGACCAUUUUUCUGCUUUUGAUAGCGACUUAAGAAGGAAGUCAUGUUUGUGUGUGUAUGUGAUUGCUGUGCUGUGUAAUGCUAUGCUCAUAGUCUUCCUGUCUCUUGUAGAAAAGGAUGCAGCAAAUAAUGACACACUGUUUCCUGGCUGUUAAAACAAAGUUGGACUGCCGCCUGGGAUACUUUGACCUCAUUGGCUGUGACUUCCUGAUAGAUGAAAACUUCAAGGUAAUUUGCCAGAUCCAUAAGGCAGCCAAGUAAAUAAUGACUGCACUCUCCAGUAUGCCAACAGUACUUUUUACUGAAAGCAGCCUAAUGUUGAUAUUAUCAAUACAUAUAAUCUAAUAUCUGAAAUAUAUGAAUCUAGAGGUAUUGCCUCAGCCAUGCUCUCAGUGGUAACUAUAGGUCACAUAUGCUCACAGGAGGAAUCUAAAUGCCUGACUAUGCUACCAGAGGAAAUACAUUAGCUAGUGAGACCUACUGAAGGACUUGAGUGAGAUCUGCAGCAGAAAGAAACACUCACCUCUACUACACAUUUGGGUAAUUGGGGCUGCCAUUUUCCUUGGACAUUUUAAAUUUGCAUCAGACAACAUGCUGUGCAAGAAAAAACAUUUUAUUUAAAGGGACACUAUAGUCACCAAAACUACUUUGGCUUAAUUAAGCAGUUUUUGUGUAUAGAUCAUGCUUCUGAAGACUCUCUGCUCAUUUAUCUGCCAUUUAGGCUUUAAAUCGCUUUUUUUCUGUUUAUCUGUUUAUAAAAGCAUAGCCACACCUCCCCUGGCUGUGACUGACGCAGCCUGCAUGAAAACAAAAUGGUUUCAAUUUUAAUCAGAUGUUAACUUACCUCUGCUCUGUAAAUUAAACUGUAAUUACAUGAGGCUUCUGCAAGCUGUAGCAGGUUUUUUAACAGAACAGGAGAUAAGAAAUUCUAAAUUAAACAGAAUUUGCAAUAAAGGAAGUGUAAACAUUAGAUGACUCUUUACAGGUAGUGCUUAGGAAGACUGUGCAAGUCAAACACAUAAAGGGCUGUAUAAACAAAGUAAAUUUAACUUCAAAAUGGCAAAGACUUGAGCAGUGAGACAGCGGGGGCAUGAUCUAUACACCAAAACUGCUUGGUUUAGAUAAAGUUGUUUUGGUGACUACCAUGUCUCUUUAAUUCUCGAAUCAGUAAACAGCAACAGUAUAGCAUUAGCAAUGGAAACCUGUAUUCCCAGUCCCUGUUUAGUUUAGCGCACCCUCUGUGCAACAUAAACUAAAUAAAAUAACGAUUGUAUAUCCCUACAGAUCUGUUGGCAAUUAGAUGUUCAAAUAACUUGAAUGCAUAGAGAAUAUGAGUGAACAAAACAUUUAUUUGCAACAGUGGAUAGUAUUGAAUUCACAGUCAAACCCACAAAAUUUAGGACUCGUCAUUUUUUUUCAAAUUGGAAGAUUAGUCCCAUUUCUAAACCCUAUGACCACGGCAUACCAACAAAACCUGAAUUAGUGCCAAAUUAAAUAAUCACAUUGGAGUCAAAACAUCCUGCACACAAAAGGCUCUAAAAUAAAUAAAUCAAUAAACAAACAAACAAACUGAAACAUGGUACUCGGACACCUAUGAAACAUAAACAUCCUUCUGUUCUCCCACCUUCUCACAUCGGGUAGGGCUGUAUUAUGUAAUUAUGAACUGAAUACAUGGCCAUGACAACAGCCAACCUCCUUGUUUUCCUAUGCUAUGUCAUGUGGUGGAAAACUGUUCCUAAAACCAAUAUCAACCUUGGCUAUUAAUCAAAUAUUUUUUUCAUGGGGAAAGCUUAAGUAAUCUGUUAUGGGCGGGUAACUUACACCAACAUCCUAGUUGUAGAAGAACGGUAUUGACAGGAAUUAUUUCUUUUGUCAGGUGUGGCUGUUGGAAAUGAACUGUAACCCAGCCUUGCACACCAACUGUGAAGUGCUCAAGGAAGUGAUCCCCAGCAUUGUUGAUGAAACCCUUGGUAUGUUCUUUCACUCCAAAUAAAACAGUCAAACUGCCUCGCUUUCUUAUGUUAUUUGGGAACCAGUGCAACUGGUUUAUUACUAUAAAAAAUUGCUUAGAAGGGAGGGACAGAAAGUAUGGAGCUGUGACAUCACAUUCCUCUGUUCAUACCGCUGUACCUCUGUUUUAUCUAUAUAAAAUUAAACAUGCAAAACAAGCAAGUAAUUAUUUAGACCAAGCGGCUUACAAAAUGUUGUGUUGAUGCAUGCAGUGAUCUUUUACAUGUGUUUUUGUUAUGCACUGUUGAAUUGAAAUGCAGAUUUUGUUUUACUUGCUAGCUGUUUUUAUACCAGAUAUUAAAGGAACAUUGGAAAUAUUAUAGAGGUUUCACUUCUAACCUUGGGUCCAGUAGGUGAUGCUCUACACCUCCCCUACAGCCCAUGGUUGUGCCAAAAGCUCUCUGUCUGUGCUAAGCCUGGCCAUGCAGGGUCAUUGGAUGAGAACAACCAGCUGACACUCUUAGCCAAUGAGCUAGCCCCACACUCUAAGGAGAGCUAGCAGAAGCCCCAAAGCAGGAGUUCCUGGAUGGUAAGAGUAGACUGGGGGCAUGCCCAGGUAAAAAGGUCAAACCAAUCUAAAAUCUGAUGACUUACAAUGUGUGUAGUUGGGUGAGCAUACUGUUAUGGCUAUGAUAUUUGGAGUGUUCCUUUACAUUUUUGGUCUCUCAUAUUGUUCCACAGUCUCUGAUAUUUAUGUAUGUACCUUGCAUCAUGGUGGGAUCACUUUUUGCCUACCAAAUAAUCCACUAUAAUGCAACAAAAGAAAAAACAGCAAAUGGUUAUCAAAUAAUAAUUACAUAUGGUUUAAUUUUCUGUCUAGACUUGUCUCUGGAGCUCUUCAAUAAGAAAUUAAAAAGUCAACGAUUUUUGCCACUGAAUACUCAGAGCAAGUUUGUACUACUCUACAAUGGAGAACUUAAUGAGCAGACAGUGAAAUUUAACUGGCCUACAAAUACCAGCUUCACCAAAAUCCAAAAGGAAUUGCCACCAGAAAACCUGAACAAAACUAUUAGAAGCGUUGAGAAACCACGGAUAAUUCUCAAAGUUCCUGUGAAAAAUAGGGUCAGCAAACUUGUCAUCCCUAAAGUGACCCCAAGAACAACAGCUAUGAUGGCCUCAGUACAGGUAGUAAACAUCCCCAGUAACAAUUUACCAGAUAAAAAGAAGCACAAAUCCAAGAACGAGGUAACACCCAGCAGGUCUGAUGCAUUGAAGCACAGUGGCGUACCUUCUGAAAGUAACCAGACGAAGGACAUAGCUUUACAAUCCACCCCAGUAGCCAGGUUCUCCUUUACAAAUCUUCAAAAACUUAGAGUCACAGGAAGCAAAACUCCUAGAAACAUUAAAAAGAAGCGUAAAACACCUGUGAACAGCAGCACAGAAAUAAGUCCAACUCAAACAAGUGCUUGUUUAGAACCUGAAGAUGUCAAGACGCAAUACAAACUUACAGAGUGCCAAAUACCUUUGAGUCCUUAAAAAUAUGAAUGCAACUCUCAAUGACAGGAGCUUCACUUGAAAAACACUGGAAUAACAAAUUAAAAACUCUAAACAGCAUUGUCUUGGUCAUUAUUCUUCAGAUGUUUUUCCAACAAAUUGUUGAAGACCUUUUAAAUACAGUAUUUAUUCCACAUGGUGUGCAAUGAUGCAGUGUUAAUACGGGUAACCUAUAUUUUCUAUAGUUGUGUGUGUAUUAUAAUCUAAAAUAUAAUAUAAUCUAAAAGUUCCUGCACUCUUUACCGUAUAUUGUAUAUUGCCUGGUGCGUAUCAGCAUAAAAAUGAAUUAUCCUGACAAAAGUUUGGGGGACAAACUGAAACGUUGAUUUUUAUGUGAGCAAUAAAAGUUGUUUUAUUUUGCACUAAAA